AUGGGCGAGAGGCUGGAGCUGCGGCUCAAGUCGCCCGUGGGAGCCGAGCCGGCCGUCUACCCGUGGCCCCUGCCCGUCUACGUGAGUGGGGGGGGGAGGCCCAGGGAGGGGAGCCCCCCCCGCGAAGGGGGCAGGGUUGGGGGGCUCGAGGGAGCGGACGGGGGGGGGCUGUGUCUUAUCUCCUGCAUUUUUAUGGGGGGAUUCGAGCGGCUGUUGUGUCACCUGGGGGGGUUAUAGGAGGCUUUUGGUCGUGUGGGGUUUUUUUUUUGGGGGGGGGAAGGUUGCUAGUUGUGGGGAGGGGUAUUUGGGGGGGUUGCCAUUGGGGGGAGUCUGUUGGGGUGGGGGAUUUGAUGGGCUGCUGUGUCACCUGAGUUUUUCUGCUUUUCUUUUGAUGUAUGCGGGGAGGGGUACGGGGGGGUUGCCAUAUGGGGUAUUUGGGGAUUUGAGUGCAUUGGGGGGCAGUUGUGCUGAUGGGGUGGGGUUGCUCUAUGUAGGGAGAGAUUUUGGGGGAGUUGUCAUCUGGAGGAUGUGUAAGUUCAGGGGGGUUGCCGUCGGGGGGAGUUGGGGAGUUGGGUUGUUAUAUGUGGGGAGGAGCGUUUAGGGAGUUGCCAUAUGGGGUAUUUGGGGGAUGUGUAAGUUUUUUUGGGGGUGACAAAUGGGGGAGUUGGGGGGACGGAUUUUGAGGGGUUGCUAUAUUGGGAAGGGGGGUGUAUAAGGUUCAGGGGUUGCCGUAUGGGGGGGGUUGGGGUUGCAGUGUCAGUUUGUAGGAUUAUGUGGGGACGAGUUGGGGAGUGAGAUGGUUGCUAUAUUGGGCGUUCGGGAGGGAGAUUUUGGGGGCUGCUGUGAUAUUGGGGUUAUUAUUUGGGGGGGACAUGGAGAGUGCAGCUUAGUUGGUUAUAAGGAGGAAACAGGCUUCAUAGAGGCUUAUUCUAUAGGGGUGGUUUCUGUAUCCUCUCUGGGGGCUACAAUUGGGGAUGUUUUGUGGUAAUAAAUGGGUGUCUAGGGGUACCCCAUUAGGGGGGAAAUCAUAUGUUGUGUGGAAUAAUUUGCUGCCUAUGUGGCUAGGGGGGUAGAGAGCAAUUGGAAGUGUUAAGAAGCGGCGGGGGGGGGGGAGAAGGAAUGUGACAAAAUUAUGUCAGGAACUCCACUGUGCAAAAACAUGGGGGGUGGGGGGCUAUGUGAAUGGGGAGCGCUUUGCCUCUUGAGUGGGUUGCAUGGGGGGGCUGUUAUAUGGGGGAAGUUUGGCUGCUUGGAAAUGGAACUUCCAUGGGGGGAACUUCUCUGGGUGAAUUUGGGUUGGGGUUAUUACACAAUGGGGCUAUCCAGAAACUGUGUGUGUUAAGUUGGUGGUGGUGGGGCCUUCCUGCCAGGGCAGGUAAUAUGUUGGGGGGGGAACGGAUGUGGGAUGCAACUGGAUGUUUCUUAGUGAGGAAACAGAGAAUGUUAUGCAAAGGGCAAGGAGGUCAUACAUGCAGUGUUUUUCUCUGAAGGUCGCCCUUCACACCAAACGCUUCACACUCUUUAUACAGACAUGUGCAUUAGAAAUUGGUUCAGCUCCCCAGAGCUACUCAUCCACAUGAUGUCUCACUUGGACUGCAUCAGCUCCUCACUCCUGCAGAACUCUGUCUCAGCAUUCUAUGUGUUCCCCUGUUAAAAUUUGACCCCCUUAUAAUGCCAGGUGGAGUGGUGAACUGUUUGCACCCCGAGGGCCAUGUUACCUUCCCUGUAAUCUGCCGAGGGCCACAUACCAGGGGUGGGUGGGGGCAGAGGUGAAAGUAAGAGGAGCAAUGGAUGCAAAUUUUGCCUUUUGUGCAGGACAUGAGGCACACACACUGCCACACAAGCACCCCUGCUCUAAUAUUUAAACUUUCCCGUUCUCAAAACCUUUUCCUGGAAAUGAUCCUGAUGUGAAAUUAAGCCAGUCUGACUACAGGGCUCAGGGGUGUCUUUGCCACACUUGUCCUUUAUCCUUGAGUGCUUUCCUCUGUUCUGUGUGCUUUUAUGUCUUCCCCCAGUGUUUUGAUCUUGACAUUUCCCCCUUCAGAAAUCCUCCACAAGGAAACCUCUUCCAUUUGAAUCUCCUGCGCAGAACAGCUUCUCUGGGGCUGAACACACACCACCCUCCCCUUUUCUGCUUCUCAACUCCUGACAAACUGAUCUCUACUUCCUUGCACCCACUUGCUGUCAUCCCUUCCCCUUCCGGGCUUGCCUUCCACGCACAGCUUGGUACAUCUUCCUGUGCGUGCUCCUUGCUUCCUGACUUGCUUGCAGUUUGCCAGGGACAUCUAGCUUAGAUGGCUUUUAAGUGGAAAAUUAGACACGUUUCUGGAGGGAAACGCAUCUUGGCUGCUAGUCAUUAUGCUUACCAUGGACUGACUCUGUAAACAUGUGAGGGUUUCAUAUCUCUGCACUCCAGUUGUAGGGGAGCAGUGAUGAGAUACGGCUUGUGUGGCGCCUUCCUUGCCUGGUUCUGGCAUGAAAGCUUCCCCCUUUCUCCUAUGCUUUUGGCCCUCAAGCUUUAAAGUAUUUGUGGCCUCCUUUGCUGAGGCAGCAUCGCCUGCUAGACCUGCCUUUCAUUUGUAUAGAUGUGGGGGUGUUUGUGUGUGUUGCAAUUGGCUUAAAUGUUUCUGUUAUGUUUGUAAGUUUGAGUCAUUUGCCUGAGUAAAGUUGCUGAUAAAUACAUAAUACAUCAGGGCUGGGGAACCUUGAGAUGUCCCCCACCCCACCCCCUGGUAAAAUUUACAUUCAUUGUCCCAACUGCUUUUAUCUCUGCCCACCACUGGCAGGAGGAGGAGGGAUGGCUUGGGCAGUUGCCCAAAAGAUAAAGAGAUCCUCCUGCUCAGCCACCUCUAGUGUAAAUAGAAACUCCUCCCUGCCCUUUAUCAUCUUUGAUAAGAUACUUUUGUAUGUGUAGAUUGUUUGGAAACUUCCCCCUUGCUUCUCAUUAAUCCCUCCCGUUUGUGGUCAGAUGCUAUCUUGGUGUGGUGUGUUCAUUACUUAGUGUAACCAAAACAUUUAUUAUUAUUAUUUUGCACCCAGUAAUCUCCUUGCUUUAACCUCCCAAAUCCUCAGUUGACCCACUGAAUGCAACUGUCACUGGCCUUGCUCUCUCUGUCCUGACCCCAUUGCUCAGGACACAGAGCUGUUGCCUGCUUGGUCCUUUGCCAACCUUUUCUGUUCAGCUCUCCCCACCCUAUCUUGCUCCCCCACAUACACACUCUUUUGAGUCCCAGACAUUCUUUGCAUCCCAGGCCAGCCAUUUCAAAGUAAUCCUACUUUUCCUGUUUGUGGAUGACUCACCCACUUGCAGAUACUCCUCUAGGUCCACACCCCAAACAUCUUUCUUGCCUCCUAUUCCUCCCUCUUGACACUUCCACACCUCGCAAUCCUUUGCCUGCUGUAAUGUGUGCUCUUGGAGAGGCAUAUUUCAUCUGUUUCCCAAGAGCAUUAAAUUAUUACGGGAUAAUUAAGGGUUUCCCCUUCCAGACUUCUUCUUCGAAACCCAAAUCCAGUGUUACAUACCUCCUUUCCCCCAACAUUUGGACUCAGUCACUCAUUUUGGAUAAGCUGCUGCAAGGAACAAUUAAUACUCUGUGGCUGCAUGGAUUGUGCAAAACUGAUAUAAAGGAUUAGGUUCCUUUUUUGUUUCUUCAGCGCUAGGUAACAGGGCCCUGCUGUUUUAGGGAGGUGAUAAAGUACAGAAAAACAAAUUAAUAGAAUUAAUUAGCUGUGUUUUCUGGAGUGGCUUUGGAUUGAGAGAUGAAUUGUAGAGUUGGAAAGGGAUCACAAGAGUCAUCUAGUCCAACCCCCUGCAAUGCAGGAACCUUUUUGCCCAAUGAGGGGCUCAAACCCACAACCCUGAGAUUAAGGGUCUCCUGCUCUACUGACGGGGCUAUCCCACAGGAUAUAUGGAAAUGCUUGUAACUUUCUCAUGAUGUUGUUGUUGUUGAAUAAAAAGCAACCCUAAGGUCACUUUCUACCUGUGGGUUUUCCACUGGUUGGAAGAAGAUGUACAGUGGGGACGAGGAGCGAAACGAGGGACGCCGACUUAAGUAAAGAAUGUUCUUCAGUUCCUGUUCCUUCAUGGAAGAGACAUGCCUGCAAAUUUCUCCCCGCUGUGAUCCAUGUUUGGUUAUUUUGGAGCCCGCUGGCGAUGACGCCUCAUUUCAUUUUUGCAAUGGUGCGUCUGUGUAGCAUUCUAAACAUCUCACGAAUGUGGCUGCCCCCUCCCUCCCUCUUAUGAAUAAUAGUGUUUGGGGAGGAUCUAACCCCAGAGAAAUAACAUUUUUGGAAGUAUAAUAUGGUGGGCGUGAAAGAGAGAACCGCUUCUCAAAAGGCUGCUGUGCUCAGCAUCUCAGCUGGGUCAGAGGACUUGCAUUCUCUUGCCAGAGAAUGGGCCUCUUCUUCUUCCUCCUCCUCCUCCUCCUCCUCCUCCUCCUCCUCUUCUUCCUCCUCCUCCUCCUAGCUGGCACGGAGCUUAUUUGAGUACUGUAUUUCUGUGGCCUACGGCAUUUCCGUCAGUUGUGUUUCCAUGCCUCUCAGCUGUUAAAAUGAGGCAGGGUCCCACAUGCCUUGUGGAGACCCGAGUGGCUGUAAGAGAUCCGCACUGCACAGGUCAGCUGUUAAGUGUGUGAGUGGUUGAGGAAUGACAGUUUGUUUGUUUUUAAGGAGAGAAGGGCAAGCCCCGCUGCACGCUGAUGUUAGCCUUGGCUUUCUGUCAUCUUGGUGCUGUGGAUACUCCGGUUUCCAAAACAUCCUGCCCGUUUAGGAGGGCGCGCUAUUUUUGAUCGUCUUGUUAGGCUGUUCCCAGGGAGCAGUGCAUGGUGGUUAAUGUCCUCUUUCCUGUUUGGGCAGCUCUGUGUGUUCGUGUGUGUUCCUAACGCUUUCACAGAAAUCGAAAGUGCAGUUGCCUCUCUGCUUAGUUUCUUUUCAUCACUGGGUUUUUUCAAGCUUGGUUUGCACAGAGUAAUAAAUCUCAUUUCAAAAGACCAUCUCAGUUUGUUGACAUUCCAACCCGAUGCAUUUUUUAUAAUUGAAACUUUUAUUUUAGAGCAAAAUCUGGCUGUGGGGUGGAAUUAAGAAUCUGUAAAGCUCUUUUUGUUAAAGAUUUUUUUUUAAAGUGUGUGUAAGUCCCCUAGAACAGGCACCCCCAAACUCGGCCCUCCAGCUGUUUUGAGACUACAACUCCCAUCAUCCCUAGCUAACAGGACCAGUGGUCAGGGAUGAUGGGAAUUGUAGUCCCAAAACAGCUGGAGGGCCAAGUUUGGGGAUGCCUGCCCUAGAAAAAUUAUAUAGAAUAAAUUUUGGGUUGUAUGCAUUUAAUCAGACUAGGCACAUUGGAAUUAAUAGGUCUAAGUUAAUCAUGCCUAUUAAUUUCAAUGGGCCUUCUCUGAGUAUGACUAAUAUUGGAAACAAUCUUCUAUUAAUGAUAUUUUAAAUUAAUGUAUAGAAUAAAUAUUAUUACUGAGGAUGAUAUUGGGUUGUAGUACCCAAUGACUCCAAGUAGAUACCCUGAAAUAAAUGGGCAUGCCGAAUUUAGGCCCAUAAAUUCCAUUGUGUCUGCUCCGAGUAUAACUUAAUUGGAGACACCCAACUGAAACAUCCAGAACAAAGUGAAAUUAUGGUACGCCCUGAAAAUCCACAUCAAACAAACCACAGCAUCUAGUGUGUAUAUUUCCCAUCGCCUGGAAAAGUCUCCCAGGGCAUUCAGGAAUCAGAUCCUGCAAAUCUGGGGGGUGGGGCCCUUCAUAGUCGGUCCCCCCAACCCUGCAUGCAGUCGGGUCGGCUGCCAGUCCAAACCUUACCAGGAAAUGGCCUGACCGCGACAAUGGGGUAGUCCCAGUCAGCAGCACCACCCCGCUUUCUGCAUCCGUGCCAAAUCCAAAGCCCUACAGUAUGCAUAGGUGACCUUUGAGAGAGCCCCAGGUUUCCAUGGUGCCUGUCAGGUCCUGUUAAGGUGAUCCCAGUAUGGACCUCAAAGCACUGUCCUUGUGUUCUCUAUCCCACCUGUGCAACCUCCUCCUCUGGUUCGAGUAGAGAGAUGGGUGGAUAGUAAACAAGCCGUCUCCCUGUGCUGCCUCUGUGGCCUCCAGCAUCAGAUUCAAGUCCCAAAGUGGAAGUGUUACCUGGUGGGGGCAACAGGACCAUAGUGAGCCCCUCCCCUGCAUCCCAACCUCGGCUGCUCCUGCGCCAAGUACUCAGGCAAACAGAGCUGAGUCAAGACUCGCUCCGCCCGGCUCACCCACUCAGGUUUCAGUCAUGCCGGUUUGGCCCCCUUGUCGAAGUUUCAGUCAGACCAACCCUUGUUCCACGGCCUCCGGAAUCUGGCACUAGGAAGGCAUUUUCCGCUUGACCUUGGUGGUGAACGCUGCUCCGUUAGACCUGCUUUCCACGGCUUGUUCCGUCCAGUCCCCUCUUAAAGCCCAUUACCAUAUCCCGUGAUGGUGUCUUCCACAUAUAAGUCAUGCAUUGGGCGCAUGUGUGCAUAAGUGCCUUCUUCUCGCCUGUCUCUGUAUCUGUCGCCCUGACCUGCAGCGUUUCCCCCGCUGUGCAUCCAAAGCCGUUACCGAGAUGAGGGACGUUGCAGGGAUUCCGCAAGGCUUUUUAGAAAUCAAUCCACUUUGGACAGCACUGUUAGCUAGCCUGCUGACAUAUAGUCAGCUGUAAAAAAUAGAUAAAAAUAAAAUUCUCUCCUCCCUGGGCUUAGAAGCUUUCUGGCACCAAAGGAAAGAAGGGUGCCCUUGUGGUUUCAGAGCUGAGGUCUCUGACGUCAGCAGACUGUCUCUUAGUUUCACUGCUCUGUUUCCUUUGCUGGAGGUUCAAGUAGCAAGGUGGGAAUUGGUUCUGUUCGAGUGAAGCAGAGCUUUUGGGAUUGUGGUAUGGAUGGAGUGCUGGAUUUUCGGUCAGAGGAGACCUACUCAGCAAUUGAGGGGUGUGUGUGUGUGUGUGUUGGUAGAGUAUGAGACUCUUAAUCGCAGGGUUGUGGGUUCGAGCCCCAUUGCAGAGAACAAGAUUCCUGCAUCGCAGGGACCCUUGUGGUCCCGUUCAGUUCUACAGUUCUAUGAUUCUAGGUAUUUGGGUGUUCUCAGUUAGGGGGGUCUUUAAAUAAACCAGACAUUAAUUUUAUUUAUUGCAUUUAUUUGGAUAUCACCUUUUUAUCCCAAGUUGCUCAAGGGUGUACAUUGGUGUUCUUCAACUGUGGGCCCCAUGAUGUUGUAGGACUGCAACUCCCAUCCUCCACUUCUAGCUUAGCCAAUAGUCAGGGAUGAUGGGAUUUGUAGUCCUACAAAACCCAGGGAACCAAGGUUGAGUAACACCAGUGUCCAGGGUUUUCUUCAAGUCCUUAUAAUCCGCACAGUGACCCUAUAAGGUACCUUAGGCUGAGAGAGGCAGUGACUGGCCCCCAAGGUCACUAGUGAGCCUUGUGGCUGAGUGAGUCUGGCACUCUGACCACCACAUCACAGGGGUGACUCUUUCAGCAGCUCUUAAACAGAGGAGCAGAGAAUCAGUCCUUGAACUUUGUCCCUGAUAUGUUUGCGUUCUGCCAGAAAGUUAUCAUUAGGGGUGUGUGCGCGUGUGCAUGCUAGAAUUUAUCAAAUGCAGACAUGGGGAGGAGGGGUCAUAAGUUCUGCAAGGCACACUCAGUUCCCCUGUCCAAGGCUACCCAACCAGAAUACACUGAAGAAGAAAAAAAGCGCAAAUGCUGGAUAUGCAAAAUAAGGUUAUGCAUGCUCAGCCUAUUUGCGAAAUUUCCUGGGGUUGCAGCAUUUCAGCUUCCCCCCAGUGCAGAAGUUGUGGUUUUCAACGUAACACACCUUGCAUUCAGCUUGCUCUGAUGUUUAACAUUGGACUUACUUAGCUAUAUAACUGCAGUGAAAUUUCAAAGAAGGAAACAGCAGCGCGCCACAACAGUGUAAUUUUGCUUAUGAAGUGUGCAUCUGCCCACCCUUGUUAAAGAGGCUCAGCCACUCCUACAAGCAGAGUUUGGGGGAUACUUUAUUGCACCUUUCAAGGCUCUUACUUGUGUCGGUGGCCCCCACCUUGUUGCUGAAAUUAGGCCUGAAAAGGGGUGCCUGUUGCAGCUGAUAGCUUCCCCUUCCCACAAGCCAGCGUUCGAAAUUUGCCAGGCACAUUUUGCUCCUGGUUAUCAGCCAGGGACGUGGGUGGCGCUGUGGGUUAAACCACAGAGCCUAGGACUUGCCGAUCAGAAGGUUGACGGUUCGAAUCCCCGUGACAGGGUGAGCUCCCGUUGCUCAGUCCCUGCUCCUGCCAACCUAGCAGUUCGAAAGCAUGUCAAAGUGCAAGUAGAUAAAUAGGUGGGAAGGUAAACAGCGUUUCCGUGCGCUGCUCUGGUUCGCCAGAAGCGGCUUAGUCAUGCUGGCCACAUGACCCGGAAGCAUGACACAUGUACGCCGGCUCCCUCGGCCAAUAAAGCGAGAUGAGCGCCGCAACCCCAGAGUCGGCCACGACUGGACCUAAUGGUCAGGGGUCCCUUUACCUUUACCUAUCAGCCACUUGCGACCAAGUGAAUAUGCCAGGAUGGCGCCUGAGGUCUCCCCCAUCUGGGGAUCAUUGGACCUGAACUGUUUUGGAAUUUAAAUUAAAAGCAUUUGCAGAUGAUUUAGUAAUAACAGUAGAAGAGCCAAUGACAUCUCUCCCAAUACUCCCAAUACUUUUAGAGAAAAUAAAGGAAUUUGGGCGGGUGGCUGGAUUUAAGAUAAAUAAAGGGAAAACUAAGAUGAUAGUUAAAAAUAUGACUGAGUUGGAAAAAAGAGAGUUAGGAGUAAUGACGUACAUGGAGAUUUAUAAGAAAGUCAAAUAUCUAGGAAUUUGGCUUCCAAAUAAAAACCUGAAUUUAUAUAAAGAUAAUUAUGAGAAUGGAAGACAGGAGUGCCUGGUCCAUGGGGUCACCAAGAGUCGGACUCAACUAAACGACUAAACAACAACAAUUGUGAGAAAGUGUGGAUUGAGAUAAAAAAGAACUUGGAAGUUUGGAAUAGAAUGAACCUUUCCCUUUUAGGUAGGAUAGCAGCAAUGAUGAAUGUCUUGCCAAAGGUGUUGUAUUUAUUUCAAUCAAUCCCGAUAAUAGGCAAUGUUAUAUGCCCAAGAAGUUACAAAAAGAUAUAUCAAAAUUUGUCUGGAGUGAAUUGUUGUCAUUUGUCUUUAGUUCCCCCACUGCCCUGCUCAGAGUUGGGAAGAAUAUUCCUAGGUUAUGAAUGGUCUGAGUCACCAUUACGAAAAAGAGGUUGGAAUAGGCCAAUAGAGAUGUGGACUGUCCUGGGAUUGAGUGACUUUUCUUCUUUCAGUUCUCAAAGUUCUUAACCUGGCUCAAGGUUUUCCUCUGAACUUGCCAGAUGUUUAACUGAGAAUCCAUCACAGUCAGUCCAUCAUUUGGAAAAUAAGACUUUAGAGCCAUCUUGCCCCAAAAGGGCAACUAGGCAUUAUGUUUUGGCGCCUAGCUUAUAAUAAUAAUAAUAAUAAUAAUAUAUAAUAUAUAAUAUAUAAUAUAUAAUAUAUAAUAAUAAUUAUAUAUCUGAGUUUCUAACACCACCCCCAGCCUGAGAUUUUCCUCCAGGUUGAAUGGUAUAGAGAUGGGCUCUCUGGCCUGAAUAGCUCAUUGGCCAGAGUUACCUGUCAUGGCUGGGGCCAGUUUAAAAUUGAAACAUGUCUGCGUGUUUGUACGUUUAUACCCAUGUACUUUGGGAUGAUAAAUCUAGAACUGCUGCCUUCACAGCUGGAUUUGCCUAAUUGCUCAGCUGCUGGUGGUGUCACGAUGUUCAGAGCUCAGAGGGUGACGUGAAAGCAUGUAUUCCUCCCUCCCCCCCGCUACAUAUUGCUAAUUAAGGCAUUGGGAGGACAGAGCCUUUGGUGUUCUAGAUGCCCCCUCCCACUGGCUUUCAUGUAACACUGAACGUGUGACUCCCUCUUCUCCCCACCUCCCUGUUUCCUGAAAGGGAACAUGAAGGGUUUUUUCCUCUCUAAUGAAUCAACAGUGCGUAGUUCUUCUUAUCUGGGUAAGAUGAAUCGUGCAGAGUUUGAAUAAUCCUCCCUAAUUUCCCCACCCCCUCAAUGACUCAGAAAGUGGUUUUUCUGAAGCUGACCUCCCCUCCCCACCCUUUGCAUUUGUGGCUACAGCCCUUAUAACAGCAGUAGUUUUUCUUUAUUUUCAACUUGCUAGGAGUCCUCGACUUCACUUUGCAAACACUCUCAUUGCUCCCUCCUUACAUACACACACUCACACACACACAGCAAAGGUGAGCUAGGAAACAGGAAUGUAAACUCCUAGAGAUCAAAAAAUGCAUUUUUGGAACAGGGAGGUCUUCAUAAUCAUUUGAGCGGAAGGUCAGUUUUAAGCAGCAUCCAAGAUCUGCUGGGGUCCUCAGGAGCAGAAUUGGUUCUGGAGGAUGGAGGUGGCUUAGGACCGCAGGAAGUUGUCUUGCACUGAGUCAGAGACCGUUCCUCUUCCUUGCUCGGUGCUGUUUACACUGACCAGCAAUGGCUCUACAGCAGGGGUGCCCAAACUUUUUUCAAUGAGGGCCAGAUCAGAUGAAGUGAACAUGCAUGAGGGCCGACCAAAGUUGUUGACCUCUUUUUAGGAUUGAAGUUCUUAUCUCAGCCCUACCUGGAGAUGCUGCCUCAGACCUUCUGCAUUCCAAGCAAGUGCUCUCCCACUGGGCUGUGGCUUUUCCCAUCUUAGAAUUGCCAGAAAGGUGCCCAUGUGCUUCCCUCCCUCCCGGCCCCGUAAACUCCACUUGCCCUGGGCUGACGCUGCGUGAGGGCAACAACUUCUCUGGCUCAGCAGAUGUUGGGUGUCAGCCUUCCCCAAACCAGCAUUCUCCAGGUGUCUUGAACUACAACCAGUGUCAGAAACUCAGACGCACAGUAUAGUCCAGGCAUAUCCAACUCCCAAGAGACUGUGAUCUACUCCCAGUAUAAAAAAUCUGGCAGUGAUCUACCCAUUGUCAUUGGAGGGGGGAGGAACGUGCGUGGGGUGGGUGGGUGGAUUGUCCAGAGUUUUUGAGCUUUUUUCGGAGAGGAUUGUGUGAACAAUUGCACAGAGAUUUUUGCUUUCCCCCUGUAACUUUUUGUACAUGAUAAGGAUCUUGCGAUUUACCAGGAUCAGCCAGGGGUCUACCGGUAGAUCACGAUCUACUGGUCGGACGUCCCUGCUAUAGUCCAAUUGCCAAAUGGCACCUUAAACCUCUGGUUGCGGUCACUGUGACGAUAUGUCUAGUUGUCACUCUACCCAUCUGAAAAGCGAUGCUGCUUUUGUUGCCCAAGGAUCAAAAUUGUUGCAAAAUAAACAAAACAAUUGCUAACAUACCAUUGAGUGUGUGUGUGUUUUAUACUUUAGCAGAGCAGUUUGUAAAAGUCUUGAACGACCUGUGAAUUGAACUGGAAUCGAAUUAGUUCCUUUUCAGGGGCAGGGGAGGAGCGGAGUCAAAUUCCUUUUUUGAACUGAGUGUUCCAAGUUUGGUGUGUCGCUUUUUGGGUGGGUGUUCCUCCCCUCCAGGCAAGUGAGUGAGCAGCCUUGCUUCUUAACAUUUUCAUUAAAGGUUAACCACAGAGAUGAGUAAGGCCCGGUGUUAAUGACACCCUUCCAUGUAAAACCCCACAAGAGAGCGAGCGUGGGCAGGCGUCCCAGUUGCCCUGAGUUAGUCACUCAGUGGCUCAUGGUCGGCCUGGAAUCAGGGGGCCGUGAGGGGGAGAGCCGACUAACUCACUUUUUAAUUCCACCUUUAGACGUUUCUUAAAACUCCUGCCUGUCUAACCGUGGUUAUCACCCAGAUCUUGCCAGUUUGAUAUCAGUUUGUAUCUGCCCUGGCCUCUGGCGGUGUUCCCAGGCACUACUGGUUUUUUACAUUUGGAAAGAAGAAAAGGCCUUGGCCUGCUCCAGGGGUCGGCAAGGUUUACCUCACCUGGGCUGGUUCACUUCAUUGGAGAUCCCCCUGUGGGCUGGAUCGCGCGCGCACCUGCAAUUUCCAGCAUCUGCGCGUGCGCAGACGCAAUUUCUGGUGUCUGCGCAGACGUGAUUUUUGGCACCGUGGAAGCGAGUCGUUGUGCUGCGCUGGUUUAGCGCAGCGUGCUGGGACUCACCGAGUGGGUGGCUCGGUUCGGGGACUGCUUGUGAGCCAGUUAAACGACCCCCGUGGGGCGCUUGUGGCCCAUGGGCCUUAGGUUGCCAAUCCCUGGCCUACUCAGCCCCAGGGGAUCCUGCCUAACUCUACAUUAUGUUCACCUGCAGACAUCCAGAAGGGGGGGGCGGCUACUCGAGACCGGGGGAUGGGGUGCCUCUUUGGUUGUGGGGCACCCAGGCAGUGUUAUAAACUCAGAUAUAUAAUAAGCUAGGCGCCAAAUGGCUCCUUGAUCCAGGGUUACAGUCGCCAAAAUGGAAUGUCUUGUUGUCCCUUUGGGGCAAGACGGCUGUAAAGUCUUAAUUUCUAUAUGAUGGGCUGAGACUGAUUGAUUCUCAGUUAAACAUCUGGCUAAUUCAGAGGACAACCUUGAGCUCGCUUAAUAGCUUUGAGAACUUUAAAGAGGAAAAGUCAGCUUGAUCCAGUGAUAGUCCGCAUAUAUAUUGGCCUAUUCCAAUCUUUUUUUCUUAAUGGUGACACAGACCAUUCAUAACAUUGGGGUAUUCUUCACAGCUGCGAGCAGGGCAGUGGGUUGGGGUAAGUGAAGAAACAAUAAUUCACUAUCUCGUUGUUUACCACUCCUGCUCAGGCUGCACAGAAAAAGCAUUUUGGUUCCAGAAAUUCAUUCCAGUUUUGCAGAUAAUAUAUAAAUGACAGAAUUUUGCAGGAUGGAGCCUUAGUGUGUGAAAACAGUUCAGAUCCAAGGAUCCCCCGAUGGGGGAGAGGCCGCAUCCAUCCUGGCUCCCAGGCAUCUUCACUUGGUCACGAGUGACCAAUAGCCAGGUGCGAAUUUCAAACACAGCCAGUCACUAUUGGUUUUUGACUUUUAAUAACAAGAAAAGGCAUUUGCCUACUCAGUCCCAGGAGAUCCUGCCUGAAUAUAAAUUAAGUUCACCUGGAGGUAUCCUGCCCUGGGUAUUCUACCUUCAGAAGGGAGGUGAGUGGCUGGCAACUCAAGACCGUGGGUAAGGGUGGCUUUUUGGUUGUGGACACCCAGGCCUUGGAACACCUUCCCCAGUGAAUAUUGAAAGGUGCUCAUGCAAGUGAUCAGUGGGAGACAACUGUUCCUCCCACCUGCUGGGAGGGGAAAGAGGGUAGAGAAAGUGUGUGUGAACCCCCAUUGUUCAGCCUGGAAACUGAGGUCCAGCACUGAGGGCCCUCUGGCGGUUCCCUCACUGCGAGAAGUGAGAAUACAGGGAACCAGGCAAGAGGGCCUUCUUGGUGGUGGUGCCCACCCUGUAGAACACCCUCCUGUCAGAUGUCAAGGAAAUAAACAUUUGACUUUUAGAAGACAUAUGAAGGCAGUCCUGCAUAGAGAAGUUUGCAGUGUUUGAUGUUUUACUGUGACAAAUGUUUUUAAUUUGUUGGAACCUGCCCAGUGUGGUUUGGCCAAUCCAGUCAGAUGGGAGGCAUAUAAAUAAAUAAUUGUUGUUGUUGUUGUUGGAGAGGUGCAUGUGUUUGUGAGAGAAAAGAAGCGCAGCUCUGCCCACGAAUGGAGUGCAAUUUCCCAGCUGAUUAGCCCCAAGGCCCUUGACAAAGCGAAAAAGGGACUCCACCCUGCCUUAAACUUAAAAAAAAUAAAAACAUUAAAGAUUUCUUAGUUUACAAAAAUCCGUGCAUUGUCUUUUUUUCCAGUUGUGUUUUCUACAGAUCAGUUACAUUCGUUGUGAGACAUUAGUGUUGCAUGCACUAUUAGGUUGGGAAGGAAAGAGGGGGAAACCGUGAGGAGGGUGCAUGGGGUCGUCUGCCUUACACUUUUGACGCCUGGUUAUUUAAGAUGUGAAAUGUAUGAUCUAGCUGUAAGUUUGAACUGUUUCACUGUUGCUUGAGUUUUGUCAUUACUAUUAUUUGUGUGUCUUUCGAUAAAUAAAUACUGGGCCGUGUAUUAUGUCGUAAGCCACCUUGGAAACCCUGGAAGUCAGGAGAUAAAUAUUUGGAUAAAUAAACGAGGUUUCCCCCUAGCGUACUGGUUAAUUUGUAAGCCUAGUUUACAACCUCCUCCUUGGCUCUAAGCCAGGAGGCGGUGGCUGCACUUGGCCAAACUGCAGAGCCUGCUUUGCAAGCAGAAAUGUUUUGUGUGAAUGGUCGCCACUCUUACUUUGUGUGGAUUUUACUUGGCAAUUGUUGCGGCCUAGGCCUCCUUGCUUUCCACAGCCUUUUGUGCAAUUCUCUCCUCCCCUACUUGCGUACAACAGUCAUACCUUGGGUUACAGACGCUUCAGGUUGUGUUUUUUUGGGUUACGGACGCGCCGAAACCCGGAAGUACCAGAACCGGUUACUUCUGGGUUUCGGCGGUCAUGCAUGUGCAGAAGCGCUAAAUCACGCUAUGCACAGAAGCACCGAAUCGCAACCUGCACAUGCGGUGCUGCAGGUUGAGAACGUGCUUCCCGCACAGAUCACGUUCGCAACCUGAGCGUCCACUGUACUGGGAUAGCCAAUGAAGUGCCCUCUAGCAGCUGUUUCUAACAAAAACGUUAGAAACUCAGAUAUGUAAGAUAGGGACCAAAGGGAUCCUUAAACCAAGGCUGCGGUUGCCAAAACGGAAUGCCUAGUUGCCAUUUUUGGGCAAGGCGGCUCUAAAGACUUACUUUUCAAAUGAUGGACCGACUGUGAUUGAUUAUCUGGCUAGUUCAGAGGACAACCUUGAGCCGGGUUAAGAGCUUUGAGAUCUUAAAGAAAAACAGUCACUUGAUCCAGGGACGGUCCACAUAUAUAUUGGCCCAUUCCGACCUCUUUUUCUUUAGGCUGACUGCUCCUGCUCAGGCUACACAGAGAAAGCAUUUUGGUUCCUGAAAUUCAUUCUGAUAGUGCAGAUUGAUGGAUUGAAUUCUACAGGAUGGGGUAUUAGUGUGUGAAAACAGUCCAGAUCUGAGGAUCUCCAGGAAUGCACCUUCAGAUGGUGGAGACGUCAGGCGCCACCCUGGCGCCCAGGCAUCUUCACUUUGUUGCAAGUGUUUGAAAUCCAGGUGCAAAAUGCGCCUGGCUAAUUCCAAACACUUCAGCAGCAUCCAAGGAUCCACAGGUUCCCCAUCUCUGCAAGGAGAAAGUUUUUGGAAAUGGGUCCUCUUUGGGCACAGGGAAGUUAGAUAGCAUAAAGCUAGCCUUUUAAAAUAACAGCCGCAACACAUGCAUCUACUAGGAAACAUUACUUUUGCUCACUCCCCUGGCCCAGUUUUCAUUUAUCCGUAUUUGCAAAUAAUGAGGGGUUUGUAGAAGCCAACGAGCCUUGGUGAUCUGCCAGCCAACGUGGGUGAUCUCUCCUUCCAGACAGUUCCUGAAACCACCUUCUUUUCUUUGUUGUUGUUUCAGGACAAACACCACGAUGCUGCUCACGAAAUCAUUGAGACAAUUCGGUAGGUGCUAAGCAGCAGCUGAUCUGCAUUGCAACCAGAUAUUUUCACCCCCCACCCCUGGGAAACCCAUCUCCCAAUAGUGAUAGUGACACUGUUCUUGCUAGGAUUUUCCUUUUUAUAGCCUUGCUCUGUAAUCACAGCUUCCUGCAACAUGGUGCAUGUUUCACCCUGCAUUAAAAUGAAAACCCGGUUUUGCCUAAAACACUGGAGGGUUGCCUUAUAACCAGGUCAGGACCAUACCAGGGUUACCAGACCAGUAUCAGCCAGUGUGGAGCAAGCAAGUGCCUUUCAUUCCCCAACUGGGAAUAAGGCUAUGAGGCUAUAUCUGUCUUGAAAAGGGCACAUGCUUUCGUAAAUAGUCUGAAUCAAAGCUGCCAUUGACAGCUUUGGCUAAGUAGGAGUACAGUAUGUUGCAUUGAUUAGCUGGUCUGGAGAAGGGACGUCACAUGCCUUCUUUUCAAACGUGACAGGGAGCUGUCAUGUUUCUGCGCAGCCUUAGUAUGAAGGAAUUGGUUCAUUUCUUUUAGAGUCACAUUUGCCUCCCCUAGAAAAGGAUUGAAGGUGUUGGGCGGUCAAAGCAUUUUCUGCCCUUGAGCUUUGACCAGGGUUUCCCAACGUGGGUCCUCCAGGUGAUUUUGGACUACAAUUCCCAUCAUCCCUGACCACUGGUCCUGCUGGCUAGGGAUGAUAGGAGUUGUUUCCCAAAAACAGCUGGAGACCAAGUUUGGGAAACCCUGGCUUUUACCCUUCCCUUAAAAACCAAGUGAGAUCCUACUCAGAAAUCUCAGUAAAAGGUCUGGUUUAAACAAGAACCUAGCAUGCUGUCUUCUACUGAGCCAGACCACUGUUCCAUAUCACACCUUGGGAGAGGGACCAGUCAUAUCUGUUCUUUAUAAAUCACAAUGCACAUAGAUGGAGAUGCGGGUGGUGCUAUGUUCUAAACCACCGACCCUCUUGGACUUGCCAAUUGUAAGGUCGGCAGUUCGAAUCCACGCCAUGGGGUGAGAUCCCGUUGCUUUGUCCCAGCUCCUGCCAACCUAGCAUUUCGAAAGCAUACCAGUACAAGUAGAUAAAUAGGUCCCUCUGCGGCGGGAAGGUAAACUGUGUUUCUGUGUGCUCCGGCACUUGUCAUGGUGUUCCCUGUGCCAGAAGCAGUUUAGUCAUGCUGGCCACAAGACCCGAAAAACCUGUCAGCAGACAAACUCUGGCUCCCUUGGCCUGAAAACAGAGAUGAGCACCGCACCCCAUAGUUGAAUUCAACUGGACUUCACCGUCCAGGGUUCCUUUACCUUUUACCUGCAUAGAUGGCAGUAUACUUUAUUAUUGAAUUUAUAUACCGCCCCAUACCUGCAGGUCUCAGGGUGGUUCACAGGAUAAAAUCAGAAUAUAAAACCACAAAAGACACAAUCAGACGAGACAAACCUAACAGUUAUAGCCACCUUUGGCCUUUUGGGCUGCCAGUGAGCCCCUAACCAUUUAUGGCUUGGGACCAGGCUGUCUUAAAGAUAUUAAAAAUGUCACUAUGCAAAGCUUCCCUGGGGUCCUAAGAUCCUCCGGUGCGCACCUCCACACUGUCCUUUGGAAGGAUAAUAUUAAGAUUUUCCUUUGGAAACAGAGGUGCAGGCCGUGCUGACCACAGGGUUGCUGUCAGGGCAAACUGGAUUUGAACUGCUGGCUCUGCGUAUGCUGUGAUGUAUUUUAAGGAUUCUUGUCAACCGGGUUUGUUGUUACUGCUUUGUGUGUUGGGAGCCGCCCCGGAUCCCAACUUGGGAGAAAGGCAGGAUAUAGAAACAAGCAAACGUGACAAAAUUAUCGGUGUGUUUGGGGCAGAGGUGGACUUGCCAAAAGGAGGAGGAAAUGAUCUACUGAUUGGGGGGCGUGGCAUUAUUUGCAUAUUUAUUUUACCUACACCCUCUUUUCCUUUCAGGUGGGUCUGCGAAGAAAUUCCAGACCUGAAGCUUGCUAUGGAAAACUAUGUUUUAAUUGACUAUGAUACUAAAAGGUAAGGUUAAGAGUCUCCUUACUUUUCAUUCCUUUCCUCCCCCAUGGCUGCCCCUAGAAGUCAUCGCUGGACUCACAGCGCCAGUCAGCCCCAACCAGCACGGCAAAUAGGGGUGAUGGGAACUGUCGUCUUGGACAGUGUGGGGCUGGGCUAGAUGACCUCUGGGGGUUCCUUCCAACUCAACAAUUCUUUGAUUCAGUGGCUCUUUCUUCUAUUUUAAACCAGCUCCAAAUUCUCAGGGGGGGGGGGCUGCUGUCGAGUCGCUUUUGUUGUAGAUUCACUCUGGAAGUUGGAAGCUUUUGGCAAGGGGAUUCUUCAGCUGUUCCAUGUUUGAGAGAGCUUGAUAAAGACAGCCUUUCUGAUAAGGGCUCCUUUCCUGUCCUGCCCUUCACCCCCCCCCUUCCCUUGCCUCUCCCCUGCCCUUUAGUCCUUUGAACGGUUAAUUUGUCCUGUUCACAAAUGUAAACAGGAGGAGAUUUUCCUGCUGCUUCCAUGUCCUCCUUGCAAGGAUGUGAAGGGAGGGGUCCUUCCCACCCCCUGGGGUCUUUCCAAACAGGCCAGGGAGUGUCCUGGGUUACCCCCCCACACAAAGUGCACGUGAAAAUAGAAAUGAAAAACUGCCGUGGGCGGAGGAACCCACCUGGGGUAGAGGGGGAAAAAACCCCCUUGGGUGGUUCACUGCAGGAGUUGAUGAAGAGGCUGAAAUAGCUGAGCAGCCCUGAUUUUUGCUCUCCACUCUCUCCCCCUCCCCCCCUUGAUGUUUGAAAUCUGAUUAUGCAAUGGGGCACGUGACUUCCCGUGCUGCCCCUCCUUUCCCUAUCUCCUGUCCUGAGUUGAUUCUUUAAUCCUGGUUUUAAAAAAAAAAGAAAAAGAAGGGAUUUUCAGACCAGCCAGGCAGCCCUGUUCAGCAAGUCUCUUUAGAGCCCAAGGAGCUGACUUGCAGCAAGGCUCAGUAUCGCUUGCACUGACUGGCAGCGGUUCUCCAGGGUUUCGGGGACUGGAACAUUCUCAUCCCUACGUGGGGGGUGGGGGUGGGUUGGGGCUGAACCUGAGACCUUCUGUGUGUAAAAGGAAAUGCUCUGUUGCUCUGCUGCAGGCCUUCCCCUUAAUUUUCCCGUCCUCUGGACUCCAAAUAGCCUCACAUCCUUACUCCAUUUAGCCCAGUAUCGUCCACACUGACUGGCAGCGGCUCUCUAGGGUUGUAGACGGGUUAAAGUAUGUAAAGAUGCCGCUCAGGAUUGAGCCUGGGAGAACAGAGCAGGUGCUCUCCUAUUGAGUUAUAGCCCCUCCCCAUUAAGCAGGAAGCAAGAGUCCAGUCCUCAACGUUCAGAAGGAAGGGCUGAUUUAACAACAACAACAACAAAUUUUAUUUAUACCCCACCCUCCCCAGCCAAGGCCGGGCUCAGGGCGGCUAACAACCAAUAAUAAAAACAAGUUGUUUGAAUACAAUUUAAAAAUAAGAUUAAAAUACAACAUUAAAACAUUAAAAUGCAGCCUCAUCACAGGAGGAGAAAGGGAAAAAAGAAAGAGGGGGAGGGAAUCAAAUUGGCUCCAAGCCAAAGGCCAGGCGGAACAACUCUGUCUUACAGGCCCUGCGGAAGGAAAUCAGAUCCUGCAGGGCCCUGGUCUCUUGAGGCAGAGCGUUCCACCGGGCCGGAGCCAGUGAUGAGAAGGCCCUGGCUCUAGUUGAAGCCAAUCUAACUUCCUUAAGGCCCAGGACCACUAGGGUGUUGCUAUUUAUGGACCUUAAGGUCCUCCUUGGGGCGGUCCCGUAGGUAUGAGGGUCCUAGGCCGUGAAGGGCUUUAAAAGUCAAAACCAGCACUUUAAAUCUGACCCUAUACUCCACCGGGAGCCAGUGCAGCUGGAAAAGCACUGGGUGAAUAUGCUCCCAUGGCAGGGACCCCUUAAGGAGCCUCGCUGCAGCACUUUGCACCCACUGGAGUUUCUGGGACAGCUUCAAGGGCAGCCCCGCAUAGAGCGAAUUACAGUAGUCAAGCCUGGAGGUGACUGUCGCAUGGAUCACUGUGGCCAGGUAGGGGCGGGAAAGGUAAGGGACCAACUGCUUGAUGCGGCGAAGGUGGAAAAAUGUCGCCUUGGCUGUUGCUGUAACUUGCGCCUCCAUGGAAAGGGAGGUGUCAAGGAUUACACCCAAACUCUUAACGGAAGGCAAUGGCACUAAUUGGGCCCCUGCAAGAGAAGGGAGUUGGUCCCUCAUCCCCAUACCAUCCCGGUGCAUAUUAAUUCAGAGUGCUGGUUUUGACCUAUAAAACCUUGAACGGCUCAGGACCGCAACACCCCAAGGAUCGCCUCUCUCUCUGUGAACGUACCUGGACCCUGAGAUCAUCCUUGAAGACCCUUCUUUGUGCCUGUACCAUGAAAGGUCUGGAGGGUGGCAACAGGAGAAUAGGGCCUUCUCUGUAGUGGCUCUCUGUUUAUGGAACACUCUCCCCAGGGAGGUCCGCCUUCAUUAUACACUUUGAGGCGCCAGGCAAAAACAUUCCUUUUUAACCAGGCCUUUGGCUGAUAGACAUCCAGUGCCCUUUUAAAAUGUGUUGGGGAACGGGGAGGAUUAUUGAGUUGUUCUUGUUUUUCAUUUUAUUACAUACUUUUGUGUUUUUGUAUUGCCAUUUCGUCUUGUGAGCCGCCCCUGAGAACUGAGGAUAUAGGGCGGUAUACUAAUUCAAUAAAGAAAACAAAUAAGCAAUAAAAAUAAUAAGCUCUCUUGCAUCAAGCCAUGCCACAUGUGCUGUCUGCAGAGACUGACAUAGGCUCUCCAGGUUUUAGAGGUGGGGGGAGAGUCUUUCCUAGCCCUCCAAACCCCCAUCCCAAUCCCAGAAAUGAUGGGGAACUGGAGCUGCAUAGCGCAAAGCAUUUCAGUAAAAAAUAUUUCUAAACUAGGCUUGCAAACUUUUCUGGCUGGAACUCUUAAAGCGGCUGGGAGGCUGCAGUCCUGUUCCAUGUACUUAAAGGGAACUCGGUGGGACUUAAACUGAGUGGAUGAAUGCAAUGGGGAGGGUGGGGUGGAGAGCUGGAUCCGGCUGGUGGGCCAGAUCCCAAAGAUGCUAGCCUUCCAAGGGUCAUUUUGAUGGGCAGGGUGGACAGUUGGCCACCUAUCAUCGGAGAUUGAAGCGCAGAGCCUUCGCUGGGAAGGAAGACUGGAAAACCAAAUACAAACCCAACACGCUCGUCCCAAUAAUCCUUGUUGAUUUGGGGCAGCCACCCUAAGCCUGGUGCCUUCCAGACAUCCGUUGGUCUCCCAGCGGCUAGUACAGGGGGUGGUGAUGAUGGGAUUUAUGUCUUGCAACAUCUGGAUGGCCCCAGGCUACAGAAGGUGCUGGGUUUUUUUUAAAGAAGACUUUGCAGACAAAACAUUCCUUUUGGGAGUGGCACAGGAUUACAACUACAAGGAGGAUGUUGGCAUCUGUGUAGCAUGGAUUAUUUUUUAGGGAGACACGCCUAGAAAGCUUAGGCCCAUCUUAAUUUGUCUGACUGCCAUAACUUUUUUUCUUUUCUCCUUCCGCCCUCCUCUCUUCUGAUCUUCAGCUUUGAAAGCAUGCAGAGGCUUUGUGACAAAUACAACCGCGCCAUCGAUAGCAUUCACCAGCUGGUAUGUAUGUGCCCUGCCCAUCCGCGCUGCUUGGCUUCUGGGUUGUUGUUGUUUUGAUGGGGGGCGGGUAGCCUGAUUUUGUUAUGUAUAAUUUUUUAUUAAAUUUUCUGUUUUACAAUUUCAAAUAUACAUUUUACAGUGGUACCUCAGGUUACAUACGCUUCAGGUUACAGACUCCACUAACCCAGAAAUAGUACCUCGGGUUAAGAACUUUGCUUCAGGAUGAGAACAGAAAUUGUGCUCUGGCGGCGCGGCAGCAGCAGGAGGCCCCAUUAGCUAAAGUGGUGCUUCAGGUUAAGAACAGUUUCAGGUUGGGACUUCCGGGGUGGCGCCAUCGGCAAUGGCGGACUCCCUCUGAAUUGGAGGGACUAGCUCCGUGCGAAAUGAGUCCUUUCCGCUACGGCGAAGCGGGGACCCUUUUAAAAAUCACAGGCGGAUGAAGCCUGUGACCAUGGGACUCGGCGGGCACCCUUAGCGCCCCCCCAACCCGCAAAGGAACCCACUAACGGGCUCCGAAGCGAAGAGGGGGAAGUGGCACGGUGCUGUGAGUCAACUGCUAUUUCCGUGGAGCGAAGCCGCACAGCUGUUGCCGGAGAGCGCUGCCUUUUUCCUGGGACAAUUUGGCUUCUAAAAUAAGCACCCGUGAGUACUUAAACUUUGAACAAUUGGACUUUAAACUUGCGAGCAGAAAGGAAUUGGACUUAAAAAUUUCACUUUAAUUUGGUACUGAAACGGGAAGGUCUAAACAGGAAGUCAGCCUUCCGUUUCUUUGUAGACAGAAUAAAGCAAAGACAACGUAAACUAGAGCUCAGAAAAUCGCCUCUAAAGGAUUGGCUUUCAUCAUUUAAAAUUGUUGAACCCCCCUUCGGCAGCAGGAGAAGAAGGGGGAUCUUUUCUGGACUGUUUAAACCUGCAGAAGUGAGUUUAAAGUAAAGUAACUUUCCACCGUCCUGAUCCUGGAGCGGGGUGUCAGGACUGACGUUUGAAGCUCAUUGACCAGAGACAAACGCUUUUGACAGAUAGCUAAAAGAAGAGAAACAUAGUGAUUCCAUUGUUUCCUUUUGCACCUUAAAGGAACAAAUAUUGACAAAAUAUCUGAAAAAAGGAAACUCUGUUGCUAGACUUGUCUUUAAAAGAAAGAUCAAAUAGAAGUUUUCCCCCUAGAGGGAGUCUGUGAAACUGUAACCAACUCCUGGGAGCUGGCAGCUGUUACAGAUUACAGUCGUGGGAAUAGACAUCUGACCUUCAGGACAAUGUAUUCAGAAGCUCUGUUGUGUGCUUUCUAUAAAACAAAUGCCCUACUGGAACAGCUACAUGAGAAGACGAAUUUGAUGGCUGAUUCGAUUAGAAAUUUUGGACAGGCAGUGGGAAAUUUUGAACAGGCAGUGGGAAAAUAUGUGGAGCCCACCCAGGAAUUAAAUCAGGAGUGUGCCCUGACAGAACAGGCCCAACAGGAAUAUGAGCUUUCAGAUUUGACAAAUGAACUUGGAAAAAGCCAGAUUUGGAAAGAAAAAGUUUGGUUUGGAAAUGGGGGGAUGGAUAGACCCCCCCUAUGCUGGGAUGUUUGGACUUUUCAAGUCUCGCAAUGGGCCGUGAGAUGUUUGGGAUUGUGGAGGCUCUCAAUUUUGGAGGGAUUUUGAAACAUGUUUUUAAAUACCACAUGGAAUUUAGUGUCGAUUAUGGAAAAGGGGCUGAUCUGUCGAGAAGGGUCAAAAAUAUUGCUAAGCUGGAGUUCCCACGAGUGAAGCAGAGCAGGAGACAAGGGAAAAUACAGUUACAAAUAUGAAGAAGAGCUGCGGAAGGGACAUGGAAGAGACUUAAGGGCCUCGGAUAUAAGGUUACCAGGUUAAUGCGCCAGAUCAAUGGGAUAAUAAGGACUGACAAAACCCGGGACCAGGAGGAAGGGACGCUGGAUGAAGAUUGGAUUUGUUUUUAUUUCUUUUUUUCACUACUAGGACUGUUUUAUAAAAUUGAUGAAUGUUAGAAAAAUGUUGGAAUGAAAUUACUUGGCUUUAGUAAAAAUGUUUAAAGAAUUAUGCAAGAAUAUUAUGGUUAUGAGAAGUUGGUAAAAAUAGGAUCUAAGUUUUAAGUUUCAAGGUUUUUUAUAGUAAGAUAAGAUUAAAAUAGUUUAAGGUAAUGUAAUGACAGAAUAUUAUGAAAUAUGGAAAGGAUUUGCUGUGACAAUUAACAACCAGGACACAAGGAAGGGGAGGAGGAGGAGGUCAAGGAAAGAGGGUAAUGACAGUUGAGAAUAAUGGAUUUGUUUGUAAAUGUUUUUAAAUGUUUGUGGUGUCUUUUUGUUUUUUUCUCUCUUACUUUGAAUUUGUAUAUGUAUGGUUGGAAGUGGCUUGUUUUUCUCUUUUUCUACUUUGUUUUUCUUUUGUAAUUUAAAAAAAAAAAUUCCCCCCAAUAAAUAUCAUUAAAAAAAAAAAGAAGAAGAACAGUUUCAGGUUAAGAACAGACCUCCAGAACAAAUUAAGUACUUAACCCGAGGUACCACUGUACAGACUUUAAAAUGACUUCCCUUCUUCUCUUUCCAUGGUUCGUUUUGCAUGUCUUACAUCCCUGCAUAUUUUACAAAAACUAUUCCAAUUGGUUUUCCACCAUUACAUCCAUCACAGUUAUUUUCCGUAUACUCAAUAUACGUUUUCCAAUCUUCUUUAAACAUAUGUUCUUGUUGCUCUCUUAUUCUGUAUUUUAAAUCAGCAAGUUGUGCAUAUUCUGUCAAUUUAAGUUGCCUGUCUUUCCAAGAUUUUUGAGGCCAGUUAGUCCUGCUCAUUCUCUGCUUGCUCCCGUGGGCAGGCAUAGUGCUCUGACAUGCUGGGUAUAGUGCCUCCUCCCCGGGUUUUCUCAAUUUAGCCUGGAUUACUUAGAAUUGUAGGGACGCGGGUGGUGCUGUGGUCUAAACCACAGAGCCUAGGGCUUGCUGAUCAGAAGGUCGGUGGUUCGAAUCCCCACGACGGAGUGAGCUCCCGUUGUUCGGUGCCUGCUCCUGCCAACCUAGCAGUUUGAAAGCACGUCAUAGUGCAAGUAGAUAAAUAGGUACCACUCUGGCGGGAAGGUAAACGGCGUUUCCGUGCUCUGAUUCACCAGAAGUGGCUUAGUCCUGCUGGCCACAUGAUCCGGAAGCUAGCUGUGGACAAACGCCGGCUCCCUUGGCCUAUAGAGUGAGAUGAGCGCCGCAAUCGCAGAGUUGUCCGCAACUGGACCUAAUGGUCAGGGGUACCUUUACCUUUACUUAGAAUUGUAGAGUAGGGACCGACCCCCAAGGGUCACUAGUUCAACCCCCAGCAAUGCAGGAAUUACUUAUUUAAAGCAAUUCUAACCCCGAUUCUUUAGCCCGGGGUGGGGGUUUGGGACCUGCCCCACCCCAGCCUAAGGGUCGCAUUCUGUUAUGGGCAGCUUUACAUUGCAGUGGUGGGAGGAGGCAGAAGGGGAAGUGGGUGGAGCAAUAGAUGGGACACUUUUCUGCAUGAGGCUACAUUUUAACCGCUCAGAGUUGGAAUAUUCCACACGGCACAGUAUAGUCAGUAGGGUUGCCACCUGUGCUGCAUAAAACAGGAUUGUCCUGUGUUUCAAUGCAAAAUGCUACGCUCUGUAUUGAUUCAAUACAAGAUGCAGUUAGUCCUAUAUUUCCCCUAUUCCACACACCCCCCUGCCAAGUUAAGGAUCCUCUCCUCCGCCCCUACAGGGAUGUCAUCCCUGGCUUGGCAGGAGAAACUGCCUCUCACUUCUUUCCUCCUUUCUUCCUGCUCCUGCUUCUUGACAGCGGAGGCAGAGCAGUAGCCAUCACAACAGCCUUAUCUUCCUCCCUGAAUUUGUCUCCCCCUCUCUUAAAGCCCCCACUUCAUCUUGUGCAAGUGAAUUCCACGGUUCUAAGUAUGCAUUGGGACGCGGGUGGCGCUGUGGGUAAAUCCUCAGUGCCUAGGGCUUGCUGAUCGCAUGGUCGGCGGUUCGAAUCCCCGCGGCGGGGUGCGCUCCCGUCUUCGGUCCCAGCUCCUGCCCACCUAGCAGUUCGAAAGCACCCUUAAGUGGAAGUAGAUAAAUAGGUACCGCUUUAUAGUGGGAAGGUAAACGGCGUUUCCGUGUGCUGUGCUGGUGCUGGCUCGCCAGAGCAGCUUUGUCACGCUGGCCACGUGACCCGGAAGUGUCUCCGGACAGCGCUGGCCCCCGGCCUCUUAAGUGAGAUGGGCGCACAACCCUAGAGUCGGACACGACUGGCCCGUACGGGCAGGGGUACCUUUACCUUUUAAGUAUGCAUUGUAUGUAGAAGUUGUUCCUUUCGUCUGCUGGCUUCACUGGGCACCCCAGGUUCUAAUGUUUUAUGAGAGGCACAGAAGCGCCUUCCUGUUGCAUGUGGCAAAGUGUGUAUAUGUGUGUCUCUCUCCCCUCACCCUCCUGCCUCUCCCAUUUUGUUCUCCAGUGGAAAGGAACCACGCAGCCCAUGAAACUGAACACCCGCCCCACCAAUGGGCUCCUGCGCCACAUCCUGCAGCAAGUCUAUAACCACUCGGUGACCGACCCCGAAAAACUCAACAACUAUGAACCCUUUUCCCCGGAGGUGUAUGGCGAAACUUCCUUUGACCUGGUUGCUCAGAUGAUCGAUGAGAUAAAAAUGACCGAGGAUGACCUGUUUGUAGACUUGGGCAGCGGUGAGUGUUGCCGUACACUGUCUCUGCCCUCUCCUGUCUCUGCCAUGAAACCUAUCUUUACCCGAAACUGUUUCAUUUCUUCUGUAGAACAUUCAGCACAUAGCUGUCAACCGUCCCUUAUUUGGCAGGAAAGUCCCUUAUUCCAGCGCCGUGUCCCGCUGCUGUCCCUUAUUGAUGAUGUCCCUUAAAUUUCCCGGGUUUCAAAGGAAGCAGCUCCUCUCCCUCCAUCCCUGCCGGUCAGGGAGGAGGGAGGCUCCAACUGUGUUGCUCACCCAGUAAGGAGUUUUAAGAACGACUGGGGGGUGGAGCUUGCAUGCCUUGUCCAAUCAAAUUGGCCGCAUUGCCUGGGGACUCGCCUUUGCUUCCCAGCAGAGAGGUGACGGUGGUUUUCCUUGCUGCAUCCCCUUUGCCGGGUUGCUGCGCUGUGGGAACCACCGCUUGAGGCUUCGUUUGGCUGCUGGCUGGGCUUUCUGCCUUUGGCUUGGAGGGGCUCGGAAGUUGAACAUACCUGUGCCCUGAAAAUCCCUUAUUUUGGCUGCUGAACCCUUAUUUUUGAGGCUGCUGGUCCCUUAUUUUCAAAUCUGUAAGUUGACAGCUAUAAUUCAGCAGCGUGUACCAGUUUGCUUAGGAAGCAGCUGAGCUGUGUAAAUAAUGGCCCACUUUGGAUGUGAUGGCCAAACCACGGUUUCUUUAGCAGGGCUAUGCUUUUGGUCCCCUUUUGCUUUCCUCAUGUCCUGGAGCAGGGGUCGGCAACCUGCAACCCAUGGGCCACAAGCGGCCCAUGGGGGUCGUUUAAAUGGCCCCCAAGCCGUCCCCGAACCGAGCUUGUCGUUUUCCACUAAUGACCAGCAGAAUUGGGAGGGAGAAGUGGGCGUAUUUAGCAUUCACUCUGGAAGGGAUGUGGGUGGUGCUGUGGGUUAAACCACAGAGCCUAGGACUUACCGAUCAGAAGGUCAGCGGUUCAAAUCCCUGCGACAGAGUGAGCUCCCAUUGCUCAGUCCCUGCUCCUGCCAACCUAGCAGUUCGAAAGCACGUUAAAGUGCAAGUAGAUAAAUGGGUACCACUCUGUCGGGAAGAUAAACGGCAUUUCCGUGCGCUGCUCUGGUUCGCCAGAAGCAGCUUAGUCAUGCUGGCCACAUGACCCGGAAGCUGUACGCUGGCUCCCUUGGCCAAUAAAGCCAGAUGAGUGUCGCAGCCCAAGAGUCGGUCACAACUGGACCUAAUGGUCAGGGGUCCCUUUACCUUUACUGGAAUGGUAUAGUCGAUUCUGCUCCGUUUCUACCUGUCUCCUCUCCUCUUCUCCGUUUCUACCUGUCUCCUCUCCUCUCAGGUGUGGGCCAAGUCGUUCUUCAGGUAGCAGCAGCCACAAACUGCAAGCAUCACUAUGGCGUGGAGAAAGCAGAUAUUCCGGCCAAAUAUGCGGAGGUACGUAGCUCGUGUGUGUUUGUGUGGUUAGAAAGGGGGAGCAUCCUGUGACCUACAUUAGAAGCAUAGCUGUCAACUUUCCCCUUUUUUUAAGGCUGAUUCCCUUAUUCCGAAUAGGAUCCCUCACAAGAAAAGGGAAAAGUUGACAGCUAUGAUUAGAAGCCAAGUGCAACGUAGAGAAAUCUAGACUUGAGGGGUGUGCAGGCUCGUUUUAAAGAAUCUGAAAGAAAUCUGCACAGGGAGAACAUGACUUCUUUCCUUUUACAGCCUGUAGAAAUGGUGCUACUUCAGCAAUUGGGUGCACAUGUAGAUACCCCAAGCCUGCAAUCUUGUGCUUUAAAUUCUGCCUUGAUACAAUAGGGCGUCCAGCAGCAGCUUCUGUGAAUUGAUAAAAAUAUGUAUUCAGAUUUCUUUCCAUUGUGUAAAAUAUCUGGGCCGUGUGCCACAAGCAGUACAGGUGAAAACAGAGCACUAAAUGCAGUCAAUACAACACAGGAUAAUUAUAAAAAAAAUGUUCUCUGCUGGUGCAAGUCCUUGGUGGUUAAUGAUCUCUGCCGCAGUUGCUGUGUUCCCCCAGGUUGCUGGAAACGGGUCACUAUCCAAUUUACUACUAACAGCACACCUGCUUUCUCCUCCCCUCUUCUCUCCUCCCGGCUGCCUGCCUUUCCAGACGAUGGACAAAGAAUUCAGAAAGUGGAUGAAAUGGUAUGGGAAAAAACAUGCAGAUUACACAGUGAGUUGAAACGGAACCGCAAACGUUACCGCCCACCAAACCCUGUUGCAAAUCACCCUCCUUCCCCCUCUGUUUUGGUGUGGGGUUUUCAGAGGCUACACCUUUGUGUAGGGGCAGAGAACCUUUUCUGGUCUUGGGGGGGGGGGAGGAGGGCACAUGCCAAUUGUGGGUGAGCCAGAACGGGCGGACAACCACGAUGUGACACCUAUGAGUCUUUUUCUGUGGAAGGUUACACCUAGGCCACACGCCCACAGUACAUUAAAGUGCUAUGAUAUCUCUGUAAACAGUCAUGGCUUCUUCCCUCAAAGAAUUUUGGGAACUGUAGUUUGCUAAGGGGGCUUGAGGGACGCAGGUGGUGCUGUGGGUUAAACCACAGAGCCUAGGACUUGCCAAUAGGAAGGACAGCAGUUCGAAUCCCCGCGGCGGGGUGAGCUCCCGUCGUUCGGUCCCAGCUCCUGCCCACCUAGCAGUUCGAAAGCACCCCUAAGUGCAAGUAGAUAAAUAGGUACCGCUUUAUAGCGGGAAGGUAAACGGCGUUUCCGUGUGCGGCGCUGGUGCUGGCUCGCCAGUUGCAGCUUUGUCACGCUGGCCACGUGACCCGGAAGUGUCUUCAGACGGCGACGGCUCCCGGCCUCUUGAGCAAGAUGAGCACGCAACCCUAGAGUCGGUCACGACUGGCCCGCACGGGCAGGGGUACCUUUACCUUUUACCUUUACGGGGGCUUGAAGUGGCUUGGCGAUCCCUUUUCCCCUCCCAGAGUUUCGUGGGAAGAGGCAUUGAUUGCUAAAGCGCUUUUGGCAGACCCUCCAAGUGUCCCUACUUUCCAGGGACAGUCCUGGAUUUAUAGAAGCCGUCCCGGUUUCUGAUUUGAUUCCGGAAUGUCUCACUUUUACUUUGGACGUCCCUAUUUUCAUCGGAGAAAAGUUGGAGGGUAUGGAGUUAAUGUGACCCCUGAACUAUCUGAAGGCAGCCCUGCAUAGGGAAGUUUUUUUUUUUAAGUUUGAUGUUUUAAUAUGUUUUUAUUUUAUUUAUAUACGUCAGAAGCUGCCCCAGAGUGUCUGGGGCAACCAGGUCAGAUGGGAGGGGUAUAAAUAGCAAAAUGAUAAUAAUAAUAAUAAUAAUAAUAAUAAUAAUAAUAAUAAUAAUAAUAAAUAGAAUAGAACUUUCUUAUUUUCAUCAGAGAAAUGUUGGAGGGUUUGGUUCUUGGGGGGUGGGGAAUGCAGUGACUGUUUAAAGUGGUAUUACAGUGCUUGAAAAAUGUACGGUGUGGACAGAGCCCUAGUCCAUGCAGCUGCCAUAGGUCCUGCACAUGCAUCUCUCCCUUCAGGCAAGCAAGAGGAAGGCAAAAGCACUCGGGGGGGGUGGCAGAGGGUCAGAGAGAGGACAUGAGUCCUGAGGGCCAGGUAGAGAGGGCUUGGGGGACCCCAUCCAGCCCACAGACUGGAGGUUUCCCACUUCACACACGGGGUGUCACUAGAACCCUUGCACCCAUCGUCAAUGGGGAAUUCUAAGAAACAAACCAGUGCAGUUAUUCAAGGUCCAGCUGGCCGUUGUGAUUCAAAGUGGCAUCCAGUCAUAUCCUAGCAAAGGUGGAAACUCUACCACCAGCAUCUCAGGAGCCACCAUGCAAAAUGUGGUUGUAGUAGUAGUAGUAGGUUUAUUAUUUAUACCCCGCCUAUGUGGCUGCGAUUCCUUAGAGGUUUCCACAUGCAGAGGGAAGAGAAAAGGCAAAUGGCUUUGCGAAAUGUAUAGUAGGUGAUGGCAUCAAUAAAAUCCAUUUAGAAAACGAAAAGAAAUGGGGUUCUGAUUCUCAUGCUGGGGAAGGAAGCCCUCCCUGCAAGAUUGGCUCAGCCUCUGGAUUCCUGCUUGUCCAAGAGAGGCUUUUCCUUUAAGUUCCAGAUCCUCAGAUGAUUAUUGUUAUUGUUAUUGUUAUUAUAAUUAUUAUUAUAUUGUAUGCUGCCCAUCUGACUAGGUUGCUCCCAGCCACUCUGGGCGGCUCCCAACAGAGUAUUAAAAGCACAAUAAAACAUCAAACAUUAUAAAGUUCCCUAAACAGGGCUUCCCGAAUUCAGCUCCUUUCUUAAAGGCAAGCAGCCUCUGCCUAGACCCUGAACAACUCCUCCCUAGAAAUUCCUAGGGAAUUUCUGCUCCCAUUUCCAUUAUUGAGUUAAGGCUUGAAAGCUUCCCGUUGGCAAUUAAUGCUGACAGAUGGUGCUUCCCCCCCACUUCUUGGCGGUUCCUACUCGGAAGUAUCCCCUCCUGAAUGCUGGCCAGGUAUCUGGGGGGAGCUUAAUGACGCAGAGCCUAUGGGAUGUUGGAGCGCUUGAGUGGUUGUUUCCUGGAUAGCUCCUGCAAUGAGGUCGUUCUGCCUCUCCUUCCUUCCCCUGCCCUUUCUCCUCUGAAAUGCUCCCCACCUAUCACUCCCCCCCCCCCGGUUUCUCUAAUGACCAAAUAUGGUGUGUGUGUGUGUUUAUAUGCAUUAGAUGGCACAUCUUGCAAGAGGAAAUUAAAUCGGCUGCUUAGCUUAAUGACUUUGACGGUGUGGGAGGGAGAACUUGCGGGAUAAUUCAGGAGGAGGAGAGGGACAUCAUCUCAGCCCAUCAGCAGCAGCAGCAGCAACAACAGCAGCAAAUAUAGCACAUCUAUUCUCCCAAUUCCCCGGGACGCGGAUGGUGCUGUGGUCUAAACCACAGAGCCUAGGACUUGCUGAUCAGAAGGUCUGCAGUUCGAAUCCCUGCGACGGGGUGAGCUCUCGUUGCUCGGUCCCUGCUCCUGCCAACCUAGCAGUUCGAAAGCACGUCAAAGUGCAAGUAGAUAAAUUGGUACCAUUCCGGCGGGAAGGUAAACGGCGUUUUCGUGCGCUGCUCUGGUUCGCCACAUGACUGGCCACAUGACCCAGAAGCUGUACGCCGGCUCCCUCGGUCAGUAGAGUGAGAUGAGCACCGCAACCCCAGAGUUGUCCGCAACUGGACCUAAUGGUCAGGGGUCCCUUUACCUAUCUCCCAAUUGCUCAAGGUGGUUGCGUACUUCUCCCCAGUUUCUCUUCCUGCCUUUGACAUGUUAGGAUGUGGCAGGUCGCUCACCACCACUUAGGUCAGCAAGGUUUAUGUUGCCUGGGCCGGAUCGCAUGUGCUCCCGUGAUUUUUGGCACGUGCGUAAACACAAUUUUCGGCAUCUGUGCAGACGCGAUUUUCGGCGCCGCAGAAGCAAGUUCCCGCACUGCGCUGUACCACUUUAGCGCAGCACGUGAGCGGGAACCUUGGUUUGUGGGCGGCUUGUGGGCCGGUCAAACGACGUCCGCGUGCCGCUUCUGGCCCAUGGGCCUUAGGUUGCUGACCCCUGACUUAGGGUCUUCAAACCUCCCAAAUUGGUACAGCUUUUUCUUAGAGGGGGAAAUCCAAGCUGAAGCUGGCAUUCUUUUGUGGAAUGUGCAGAUAAUUUGUUGUUAGUUUCCGCAUGGGAAUUGGGAGUCACUUGCACCCCCCCCAAAAAAAACUUGGUGGGUUUUGGGGUGUGAGUCCAGUGCUUUUUUCCUUGGGGCACUCAAGGGUACACAGUACCAUUUGUCUCUCCCCUCCUUGCAAAAAAGAGAGGUAAUUUUAACCGUCUGCUCCUUUUGCAGCAAAAGGAAAAAAGAAAAGGUCUGCCAGGUAUUAAGCCAUUCCGGAUUUAACGCUUCUUUUUUCCUCCUAAGCGGGAACUUUUUACCGCUCAGAUAUUUGAAAAAAAAAAAAAAAGAGAGGAGGAACAAAAUACCCAAGCCCUCCUCCAACGGCUUCCAUAGCUUUGAAACAGAGCCACGUUCCGUAGCUUUGGGUUCCUGCCGCUCUUGAGUGUGUGUCUAAGAAAUAUUAUUAUUAUUUCAAAAAUAGCUGUGUGUGCUUUUCCAGGCAGAACAAACAGGUCUUUGUGAGCCAAGUGUCGUGCUCAGAGAGGACUCUCGGAAUGCAGGAUUUUUCUCCCUUCCAUGUCUGCGUUACGUUACAGCCAGCUAUCCUGGCCACACUUCCCCCCUGCUGCAAACGGAGGGUUUUCUUUUCAGAUUUAUUUUGGAGCCCAGAUUAAUUUUGGAGUCCAAAACUCCCUCCCCUGCAACCCCCACCUCCAUAGGACCUCCACAGACCGCUGGAAAUCUGCCCUUGCUCCUUCUUAAUGUCUUUUGCACAGACCCCACUUUCUCUUGGCAGAGUCACACCCCCUGCCUGCUAUGAAACGUGAUUUCCUUCUGCGGUCUCUGCUGGGUAGACCCUGUGUUGUGGGGAGGUAGGGUGUGUGCAAGGGAACUUGCUUCCUGGCUAUGUUUGGAAAAUUCCAGCUGAAUUGAAAAUCUCCACUGAAACAGGAGUUUGGGGAGAAUGGUGUCACCUGGAAAAGUUCAUUGGCUUGUGCAGGAUUCUGGUUUGAUUCCAAGCCCCAGUUCAAAGCGUUGCUUCUUAAUUCUUUUUCUCCCGCUUGCGAAAGAUGGAGGGAUCCCUCUGUCUAGAAGAGGCAUUCUCUCCUGAGAGCAAGGGAUGCUUCAUAUUUAGCUGAGAUUCCUGCAUUGCAGGGGGUUGGACUAGAUGACCCUUGGGUCCCUUCCAACUUUACAAUUCUAUGAUUAUUAUUUUUCUAGACCCCAGGGAUGGGCAACUUCCCUGCAGGGGCUGCUAGACCACUAGCAUGGCUGGUGGUCAGGGACAAGGGCUUAGGACUUCAUAUGUAAAGCGUCUGGAAAGUCUGAUUUUCAAAUUAUGUGCAAUUUUCUCCCGUUAUAGCUCUGCUCCAGAGUAAGCAGCACCAAGCACCUAAUGUGAGGUUUACAGUCAGUUUCCGACUUGAGUUGAAAUUACUAUUCAUGCUGCCAAUACCAUGUUUAUUAUUAAAUUGUAUUUUUUAAAAAAAUUAAAUUUGUAUACCACCCUAUAUGCCUGCAGGUCUCAGUGUGGUUCACAAGAUAAAAUCACAAUACAGUGGUGCCUCGCAAGACGAAAUUAAUCCGUUCCGCGAGUCUCUUCGUCUAGCGAGUUUUUCGUCUUGCGAGUUUUUCGUCUUGCGGGGCACCACUGUAUAUAUAUAUAUAAAACAGAACAAGAACAACCUAAUAACGCCCCCCCAACCCCCACAUUUUAAAAGGGCAUUGGAUGUCAAUCAGCCAAAGGCCUCAUUAAAGAGGAACAUUUUUGCCUGGGAUCUAAAGUUGUAAAAUGAAGGCGCCAGGUGAGCCUCCCUGGGGAGAGCGUUCCACAAAAGGGGAGCCACCACAGAAAAGGCCCUGUUCUCGUGUUGCCAUCCUCUGGAUCUCUCAUGGAGGAGGAACACAAAGAAGGGCCUCAGAAGAUGAUCUCAGGGUCCAGGCAGGUUCCUAUGGAAAGAGGCAGUCCUAGUGGUCCUGUGGUCUUGAGCCGUUUAAUACCAAUUCUUUUGACCAUAUAUCUACAAUUUGUAUCACCAAAAAUAAUCAGUAGCUAUAAUGUUGGACAGCAAGUUGCAGUUUCUUUAGUAAUAUUAUUUCUUCCAACAUUAAGUUCCAGCAAUCUUGCACCAAAAUACAUUCCCACAUUGAAUGAUAACAUGUGCCAAGUUUAUCGCGACCCCUCCAACAAAUAGCCGAUAUGGGAGAGAACAUUUUCUUUGAUUAUUGCACAUGGAUUUGUGGUUUUUUUAACGGAAGAGUCAGCCGCCUUGAACAUUCCUCUGCAGAGGCACAGAUUUAUUCUCAUGGAUUUGCAUAAACAGAGAGCUUUGAGGUGGAUAUCCUCCAAGCCAGUUGCUGUCUUUUGGCUCCCUCCUUGCCUUGGGAAGAUGGAAAUAUCUGGUGCAGAUGGUGCCUCUCCUUUGCUGCUCGCUAAGCAGAUUAUGUUUCCACCAUUGCGACCAGAGAAACAAGACGGGGAAGGUUGGGUGGAGGGGAGGAGACACACAGCAGUUUAAUAGGAGCCAGUGUACGUGAUGCCUUCUGUUCUGAUCUCUCUAUUCCCCCUGCACCAAAAAGUAGGAAAAAGUAAGAGGGGUGUGACUUUUCCUUUCGGUCUCCUUAUUUCAGUGCCUUGUCAGUAGCCCAAAUAUAUUCAGAAAUCUGUAUUGCGGGCUGGUCUUAGGAAGAUGUUCCCUCUGCCUCCCUCUUUCGGCACGGUAGCAAGCGCAGCUGCAUUUUGCCAGAGAUGUAAAAGUUGGCUGAGUUAAAACAAGAAAGUCAAACUCCAUUUUCUCUCUCUUUCUCUCCUCUUCUUAGCUGGAAAGAGGCGACUUCCUCUCGGAAGAAUGGCGGGAGAGGAUCGCAAACACAAGGUAUGGCACUCUGUCUUUUAACACAGACCCCCCCCCCCGGCGCAGAAUGGGGUUCACCUGCUUUUCCUGCCCCCACGUCUUAUUCAUUGGAUGCUAGAUAUUGCCCCCGUCUCAUUUCUUUGCGAGGAGAGAGUGCUGGGUUGCUUAGGGCAUCCUGCUCAGGGGCUCACCUGGCUAGUGGUGGCUGCUAUUUAACUGUCCUUCACCCUAAGAUCCCAGGGCAGGUUACAGCAGUUAAAACGGUUUGGAACAACUCGGGGGCCACAAAGAGAUGUGGGUCCUAAAAAUAUGGACUUCGGGUGUCAAAGGCCUGGGGCAAAAACCUGUGAUUCCUCCAGAAGCUGUGUGCUGAAGGUUCCAAUAAUAAUAAUAAUAAUAAUAAUAAUAAUAAUAGUAAUUUUAUACCUCGUGCACCUGGCUGGGUUUCCCCAGGCACUCUCAGUGGCUUCCAUAUGAAAACAUAAUAAAACAUUGAACAUUAAACAUUUCCCAAUACAGGACUGUCUUCAGGUGUCUUUUAAAAGUUGUGUAGUCAUUUGUCUCAUUGACAUCUGAUGGGAGCGCAUUGCACAGAGUGGGUGCCACCACUGGGAAGGCCCUCUGCCUGGUAGCUUGGAACUUCACUUCUCGCCUAGGGUUAGGGAACUGCCAGAAGGCCCUUGCAGCUGGACCUCAGUGUCCAGGCUAAUGCACCUCUUUGGGGAAGGAGUUCCACGGCUUCGGGGCCACCACUGAAAAGCCCUCUCCGCCGAGGCAGCCACCACCCCUGAACUUCUGAGGGAGGUGGAGCUGCCAAGAGGGCCUCUUCUGCUAUCUCGGCACCUGAGAGGGUCUGUAGAGAAGGAAGUGGGCUUUCGGGUACUAAAACCAGGGGGAUGGGAAGUGUCAGGCUUGGAUUGGUGUGACCGGGACGUAUUUAAUGCUUUUAAAAAACCCAGACCAUGUUGCUUGGAGCACCGCUGAAUUGCAUUAGCAUUUCCAUGUGGCUGGUCUUUUCUUCUAAGUUAUUUUACAAAUGUGAAACACAUUCCCCUGUAUUUUCUGAGGUGGCUUUAGUGAAACACAUGUGAGAGUUGAAAGCUAUGUUAUGCCUUGCCUUGCCAACAAAGUGCAUGUGUGUGCACGCGCAUGUGUGUGUACGCACACACACAUACACACACACAUGCACCCUUCCCCCCACCCCUGGCAGCAAAAGCAAGACAGUAUGUGUCCAUGUUUUACUAAAACUCCUCUUACCUUCCAGUGUUAUUUUUGUGAAUAACUUUGCCUUUGGACCUGAGGUGGAUCAUCAGCUGAAGGAGCGAUUCGCAAACAUGAAGGAAGGUAAUGAGUUGCGUCCUCUCCACUGGCCUCACCACUGUUGGGAUGACAGUUGGGCUUUUUCAGUUGUGUGGUGGCAGCAAUGAGUAUGUUCUUUGUAUGUUGGAGGUGGCUGUUCUGCCCGCAGUAAACGGGCUUCCUAGAAUGGAUAUCGGCAGGGGCAACUGAUGUCGUGUUUCUAGAUGUUCCUGCACGCUGGCUCCCUUCAGCCAGCGCAGCCGAAGCUCAGGGAGCUGUAGCUCAUAGAUAUAUGAACGGAGAUCCUUGCAAUCUGGGAAUCACAGCUAAAGAAUCCCACUCAAGCUCUGUUUAAAAUCCUCCAUUGUAGGAGAGUUUGCUACCUUCCAAGGGAGUCCGUUCUACUGUCAAGCAGUUGUUAACACCAGGAAGUUGUUUAGCUGGAAUCUCGUUUCUUGCAAUCUGUAUCUGUUGGUUUGGCAGCAGAAAGCAAGCUUAUUCCACCUUCAGAUGUUUGAAGGUGACCAUCCUAUCCCCUCUCAGUCUCUUCUUUUUCCAGGCUAAAUGUAUCAACUCCUUCAACUGUUCUUCAUAAGGCUUGGUUUCCAGACCCUUGAUCAUCUUGGUCUCCCUCCUCUGCCCACCUUCUAGCUUGUCAACAUCCUUCUCAGCCUCUCAUCCUGUUCCCACAGUGGCCAGCCACUUCCUCUCACCCUCUCUUAAAACAGCCACUAUCAGUCCUUGUCUUUGUCCUUCAACAGAAAACUGGCUCAGGUUGAUCUCACCUUGUAAAAAUUAUAACAGCCCACAAAUGAUGACUUGACACCUGCUCUUGAAAUGCGAUCUGGUGGCCUCGAUGAGUCUUGUGGCUGUGAAACUCCCUCCCAGGCGCUUUUGUUUCAGCCUGCCAGGCUUCUUUGAUCUCAUGGGUGUUGUCACAGGGAGCAGUUCUCUUCCACAGGUGUCAGGCAAAAGCUUUGUUCUCUUCUCACCCUUUGUCUUGGGGUUUUCCUUCCACCCCAGUUGGGUGAUUUGGGCCCAAUUCUUUGUGUGUGCAUGUGCAAUUUCUAACUGAAUUUUAUACAGGGUGAGUCCUUUAAAAGAGGCCUUGUGGGUACAGAGUACACAUGUUCCAUGGGGCCUCUUUUAAAAGACUCACCCUGUAUUAAAACCAAAAAUGCCAAUUUCUAAGUACAUAUAUCACAAUAUUACACAUUCUGGCAGAUCUGUGACAAUGUUUUUCUCUCUAGUGAUAUGACCGAGUAAUAGAAAAAUACCAUAGCUAUACAACUAAAAAACCCAAGAUGACUAUUAACCCAUCUGGCAGAAUAGUAUAGGAAGAUUGCUGUAACAAAAAGCAGAAGGCUGCAUUUGGCUGGCAUUUUUUUUAUAUACAGAUAGGCAUCCAGAAUAAAUCUCCCUCUGACGCAGUGUUGAAAACUCUGAUAAAUGAGCUAGGUGCCAAGUGGCUCCUGAAACCAAGAUUACAGUUGCCAAAAUUCAAUGCCUAGUUACCCCUUUCGGGGCAAAAUGGCUCUAAAGUCUUAUUCUCCGAAUGAAGGACUGACUGUGAUGGAUUAUCAGUUAAGCACCUGGCUAGUUCAGAGGACAACCUUGAGCCAGGUUAAGAGCUCUGAGAAUUUGAAGAAGAAAAGUCACUUGAUCCAGGGACGGUCCACAUAUCUAUUGGCCUGUUCCAUCCUCUUUCUCUUAGCGGUGGCUACUCCAGCUCAGGCUACACAGAGAAAGCAUUUUGGUUCCAGAAAUUAUUUCUGAUUGCGCAGAUGAAAUACAACGGCUAGAAUUCUACAGGAUGGGGAAUUACAAUCCUGAUCCAGUGAUCCCCAGGCAUGCACCUCCAGACGGUGGAGAUACCAGGCACCGUUGUGGCGCCCAGGCAUGUUCACUUGGUUGCAGGUGGUCAAAAGCCAGGGGCAAAAGGCGCCUGGCGCCUGGCUAAUUUCAAACACAGCUCUCACGUCAGUGAGAUUUUGCCAGAAGCCGCUGCAGCUAGGGCUGGGCCCAGUUUACUAGGGCUGAUCUGAAUGUUCAUGUGUGUGCCUGUGUGUGCCUGUGGUUCGGCUGCUCCAAUAUUUAUUGCUUAAACGCUUUCACACAUGUUUUUUUGUUCCUCUUUUUUGCUCUUCCUCUCCCUCAUUCAGCUCUUCAGACAAAAGGUCUAGCUUUAGAUGUGGCAAGUGUUCAUGUCCUCUGUAUUGCUGUAUUUACCCUGUGCUGUUGUUGUUUUUAAAAAAGACCGCAAGUACACUUAAUUGGUGAAUAUGGUUCACUAGGCUGAGGGGGCGCUGCUGCAGAACGCCACCGGUCUCUGCCCACCCUUCUCUGCCCUCCGUAUAAAGAGCAAUUAACCUGUGACCUAAAAGGAAACAAUUUAUAUGCAGCCAUUAGGGAAGCUUUCUUGAGCCCUGUAAAUCACUUCAGGUGUUAUUUGGGGUGGGUAGGGGAUCCCUUAUCUUCAGAUGUCAAGGCCAAACUCCUAAUGCCCGCAGUUCAUAUAAAACCAUCUGUUCAACUUGGUGAGUCGGGGGGGGGGGGGGAGAGAGUUAAGACAGUUUACGUGCAGCACCCGUGAACCUCCCUGAUGGUAAGAUUGUCAAAAUGGUUAUUAACACGAAGUCAAAAGUGCAGGCGGAAAAGAAAGAGGGAAAACAUGAUUAGAGGUGUAGAGCGCAGUAGCAAUACCGUGUUUCCGAAAUUUAACAGAGAGCAGAUAAUGUAGAAAAAUCAAAGCAGCACGAAAAGCCUUUUUUGUUUUGCAAUUUAGCCGGGGAAGAGAGUGUGGCACAUAUCUGAAAUUGACCCGUAAGGAGUGGAAUCCCUCCCGAUGGCAGGGAAAUGUUUCAGGUCCUGGAAAUGUGUCAUUGCGAGUUCUUUCCUCUGCAAUAGCCAGAGUCCACCUAUUCCUGCACCACAGGGAGAGAGGGCCAACUCUUCAGUUUCUUGGCCAAAUGUAUUCUCUCUGUGGUUUGUUUACUUUUGAUUUCUGUUCCCUGCCUUUUGUUUGCCUGUGCUUUUUGAUUUUACGUUAGCAAGGAACAAUGAUCGGGGGAAAGGAGAGAUUCCGAAAGCCUUGCCUUUUUGACAUAAGAAUGCACAAAUUUGACCUGUGCCCUUUCCACUGCUUUAGGGUAACUAACGAGGGGGCUCUGCUCCUGCUUUUUCCCCUGACAGGUGGCCAGAUUGUAUCCUCGAAACCUUUUGCACCAUUGAACUUUAGAAUAAACAGUCGAAACUUGAGUGGUAAGACCUCUCUCUAUUUUAAAAGUGUGUUAGGUUUUGAACUGAGCGUGAGCAGCUGGGUGUGCAUCCUUUGUGCCUUCUCCCUCGGAUGUCCCUGGGCUUGAACUUGUUGGGAGAUAACGCCGAGGCCUUGUGCCUUCCCCCAAUGCAGCGUCGCCCGGGAUUCAUCACUCCGGUCUCCCGUCACACUGAUGCGACCCAUAUCCUCCUGGGACACGAGCGCACGACUAGCAGAGUCCAAAAUAGAAGCGUUAGCUUUGGGGUGUAACAUCUAAUCCUUAUUUAUUGCAACGAAAUCAAACACAACAGUACAAAGUAAACAUGGCUCCUCUUUCUCUCUCUUCCUCGGAGAGAACGCUGAAACGAAACAUCGCUGUGAGAGAACAGUGGGAGGAAGGGAACAAACAGUGUAUCUCCCUUUCCUCUUAUAUAGCUCUAACAAUCAGCAGCUGAAAUGUAUUACAUACAGACACAUGAUCCAACAAUCCUAUAACUGCAGCGUAGGGAGGGGUGAAAUCCUAACAGAACUCCCAUCAUCUAAGAAGAGGCAUCUCUACCACCCAGGAAGGGAUGCCUGUUCUAAAUAGAGACAUUCCUAGAAUGACAGUACUUGGAGGGAUGUAGGUUCCCCAUCUCUGCUCUAAGAAAAGGCAUUCCGUCUUCUCAAGAGGGAAUGAUACCGCAACGAAUGCUAAUUCUUAGGUCAGGACAGGAAAUUUCUGUGUGUCUCUGAUCCCUCUGCCAGAUGUUGUCAGAGCCUCCAGUUGUUUUGGGACUACAACUCCCAUCAUCCCUAGCUAGCAAGACCAGUGGUCAGGGAUGAUGGGAAUUGUAGUCCCAAAACAACUGGAGACCCUCGUUUGGGAAGCCCUAUGUUAAGAGUCUCAAAUCGCAGCACCCCUGACCACCUACUCAGCCACACCUAGAGAUGACCGAUCUUUGGUGUAUGGAAACAGGCUUUUGUUUUUUUUAAAGAACCUAAGAAGAGCUUGCGGGAUCAGGCCAAUUCUGGUCCAGCAUCCUGUUAUUGCAGCGAGACGCCUGUGGGAAUCCUGCAAUCAGGACCCCAGCCCAAGAGCUCUCUCGCCUUCCACCGCAGCUGGUAUUCAGAAGCACUUACUGCUUCUGGCCAUUGUGGCUUGGCAGCCUUCUCCCCCUCCGUCAAUUUGCCCAGUCCUCUUUGAAAGCCGUCUAAGUUGCUGUCCACCCCUGGCUCCUGCGGGAAUGAGUUCCCUAGUGAAACAGCACGAAGGGUGGGGUGUCACUCUGAAAUGUGCUCCGCAGCUGGCGCUCCUGUUUCCUCUUUAACCCUCUCCCAUCUUUCUCCUCCCCCAAAAGAUAUCGGCACUAUUAUGAGAGUCGUAGAACUGUCACCACUCAAAGGGUCUGUCUCAUGGACUGGGAAACCUGUUUCUUACUACCUGCAUACUAUCGAUCGGACCAUAGUGAGUAGCUGCACACAGGGCGGUGGGUGGGGGGCUGUCCGUGAGGGGGUGUGUGUGAAUAAGUUUGUGUAUUAAUUUAUUAGCAAAUGGCAGUGGUGAGCAUCAUCAGCCUAAUUUUAUUGUGCAUUUUUUUUUAAAAAAAGGUUUAUUUAUUUUCAUGGUACAGUAAGCUGGGAAAGUAGCUGUUACAACAGUAAACAACAAAUAACAUGUCCUGAUAAAAUUGCAGACUUUCAGCAUGCCCACGUGUUAAAAGUUUCAUUUGAUUACUCUUUAAGAGAUCACACCACAUUUUCCCAUGAGUGCUGGGUGGAUUCCUGCCACAGUCUGAACAAUUUAUGUAUUCAGUAAACCUUUGCCAUAUAUUAUAAAAGGAAUAUGGAUUGUGUUCGCCCUUUGCACCUUUCACCUGGCAUGUUAGUUUCUCAGCCAAUGCUAUUGACCCUACUCUGUUAUACCAAGAAUCAAUGUCCAGCCCAACACCGGUUUUCAUGUUGUGCAUUUGUGUUCCUGGUGGGGUCAGGAAAGGGUGUGUUACUGUUUUGUUGUUUUGGUUUAAUUAUUUACUUGUGUUUUAUUUUGUAUUUCAUUCUGUGAACCGCCCAGAGAUCUUUGAUGAAGGGCAGCAUAUAAAUUUAAUAAAUAUAUACAAUAAAAAUAAAAGGGGUGGGGGGGCAGCAGCAAGCGAAAUCCACAAACCACCUUCCGCAGAGAAUUAGAAUUAUGGAAUUGUCAAGCUGGAAGGGACCCCAAAGUUCCUGGGUGCUCUGCGUUAGGACCCUGACGCCUCUCUUUUGCAUUUAUUUAUUUAAUUGGACUGCAACCUUUUAUCUUUGGUGAUUUUAGGUGGCGAGUCCCCCGUCCCCGUCCCCCCGCCACCGCCCUGACUGUUUGUCGCUUGCGGUUCCCAAGAACAGUGUCUGCAGUUUCCCGUUGUUCAGUCAUUGCACUAUGAUUGGGGUCCAUCAACACAAGUUCUGUCCGCUUCUUAGACGCUGCUUUCUGUAAACUAUUUUGAGAGUGGUGGGGGGUUUUUUUUGCUUUUGCUUUUUUACAAUCAAGUCCUACAUAAAUUUCGUAGGAAAAAAUAAACAAGACUUCUCAUUUUGUUGGUCCCAUGUCGCUAAAAGAGCCAAUGCUGGUGUGAUGAUAUUUUAAGGGUGAGUUCUUGGUGUACUUUUUAGGGAGACGGUGCCUGAAUGCUCCUUUGAAACACCUGGGACAUCUGAGGUGGUUUAUUCGUUUAUUUAUUAUACUGAUCUAUUUUUCUUGUCGUUGCUAUUUAGCUUGAAAACUACUUCUCUAGUCUCAAAAAUCCAAAACUCAGGGUAAGUGGCAUAACAAUAGCCGUUUUACUUUUUAAGUCUAAUUGCAGUCGUGGAAGCUUCAGAAUAGCGCAGCUUCUCCGAGACACGUAACGUGGGUGCAAAAGCACUCUUUGAGCGCUCUUCUCCCAUGGCUGGUAUGCAUGGAAUCAUGGAGCUGGAGGAGACCCUAAGGAAUCAUCUGGGCCAUUGUUUCCCACACUCGGGUCUCCAGCUGUUGUUGGACCACGACUCCCACCAUCCCUAGCUAGCAGGACCAGUGGUCAGGGGUGAUGGGAACUGUAGUUCCAAAACAGCUGGAGAACCAAGUGUGGAAAUCUCUGAUCCAGUCCAACUCCUCUGAUGCAGGAAUCACAGUUAAAUAAUUCCUGAUGGGUCGACUAUCCAACGUCUGUUUCAAAUCCUCCAGUGCCCUAUGUUGGAAAGGCUGCGGGGAGAUAGGCUCACAUUUUCACGCACGGUGGAGUUGCCCGUUUUCAAGAGGAGAAAUAACACACUCUUCCUGUGUGUCCUCCACCUCUUAUUGUUUGGAAGGAGGGGGGCGUUUUCCUGUCUUUUCUCUCCCCCCCAACCCCCAGCCUUCUCCGUGCUCACGCUCUCAAUGUUUACACUCCGCAGGAGGAACAAGAGGCAGCUAGACGUCGCCAGCAACGAGAAAGCAAGAGCAACACCACCACGCCAACAAAGGCCCAAGAGACCAAGGUCUGAUCCCACAAAUAAUCCGCUGUGUGUGGACAGUUGCAGUUUCCUAAAAGCCAGGCUCAGGCACACAUCAGAGGGGCAGCAUGCUUCUGGGUGGUGUUGGGGGGAUCCCAACAUCUACAACAUGACAUUUCUUUAAACAAACCUUCCCACCCCCCAAUUAUAUUUUAUUAAGUUUCAACAUUCGUAACAUAUACAAUCAAAGCUUUUCUCUUAUUUUUGUUCCCACCCCGUUUUCCAUGUUGUUGUUUCUCCCCUUCUGCUGCUCCUUCUAUCUAUCAAAUCACAACCACAAUAUUAUAAUCUAUUUACUUCUGUUGCUCAUAGCUCAAAUCUGGCCGUGAGUCCAUCAUACUGUAAUAUUUCUUUAAAUAGUCUUUUCAAACAAGGUUGUUUUUUUAAAAAAAAAUUGAAAUUGGAAGUACAGGCAAACAAGCACCUCCCCCCAGUAAUCAGCCCUUCCCAUAAGUAUAACACAUAAGUAUAACACAAGAUUCUAGUCCUCAUGCCUCUGGGAGCAACAGAGAGCCCUUGGGCAGCUUCUUGAGGAAGGGCUUCUGCUUUUCUUGGGUUUCGUGUCCUCUUAUUUAUCUGUUUGUUGCACAAAGGACUAUGGUGCUGAAGAAGAGGCGGCCCCCGGGGCCAACGCCAUCAAAAAGCCAUCUCCGUCCAAAGCCCGCAAGAAGAAGCUGAGCAAGAAGGGGAGGAAAAUGGCCGGCAGGAAGCGCGGGCGCCCCAAGAAGAUGAACAUUGUGAGCUCAGAGCGGAAGCCCAAGAGGAACCAGACCGCCCUGGAGCUCCUCCACGCUCAGACCGUUUCGCAGGCCUGCUCGUCUUCUCCUCAGGGUGAGCUGCCAAGUUGCUUGGUGUUAGCUGGCCACCCUUCACGUUGUGGCGUGGGCCAUUAUUAAUUAAUUAAUUAAUUAAUUAAUUAAUUGAAUUUAUAUACCGCCCUGUACCUGGAGGUCUCAGGGCGGUUUACAGAAUAAAGCUACCGUAUUUUUCACUCUAUAAGACGCACUUUUCCCCUCCUAAAAAGGGGAAAUGUGUGUGUGUGUGUUAUGGAACGAAUGUAGGCUGUGCGGCUAUCCCAGAAGCCAGAACAGGAAGAGGGAGCGCUGCGCAGUGCUCUCUCUCGCUGUUCUAGCUUCUGGCUUAGCCUCUUCCAGGCAGGGAGAGCCUUCACCCCGCUGCCCUUCGGAGGCUUCGUAUGGCUAUCCUAUCCCUGGCUUUUGCAGGAGGUGGGGGGAAAGCCAGGAGGCUUGCUUUUGCUGAAGCCAGGAGGGCAAGGGGGAUCGGUGCGCCACUUUCAGGGAUAGCCCCGGAAAGCCUCCUGAGCGAAGAGAGAGGAGCACUUCCUCUUCGCUCAGGAGGCUUUGCGUUGCUUUCUUAUUUCUUGUUUUCCUCCCCUAAAAACUAGGUGUGUCUUAUGGUUGGGUGCAUCUAAUAGAGCGAAAAAUACGGUAAUUUAAAAGGUGUUACUUUCCUUAAAUCUGCACUUGGAUUUUGCUCCUACUAGGGCUGGGCAGUAUCUGGCCUUCAGCACCGCGAUAUAUCACCAGCUAAACAUCACAAUAUUCUGAUACAUCAUGAUGUCUGGACUAAGGAUAUAGCUGGUUUUCAGCAUUGUGAUAUACUGAUGCAGUGUCUGAAAUAAGGGUGGAGCUAGGUAGAGGCAUUGGCUGGCUUCACGGAUUCCCCACACCCUGAUCUUGUGAUUCGCUGCCCCCUUCAGGAGUCAGGGGAGAGCUGAGCUGGCAGAGUUAAUGGGGGGCUGCAGGAAUCUAGAGUCGCAUUGGCUACUUCAUGUUCUCCCCCCACACACAUUGUGUGUGUGUGUCCUGUUCCCUGAGAGGCUAGCAGUCCUGAGCCAUUUACGGCUUCAUAGGUAGGCUUGGUGAUGAGCCCUCACCAGUGUUUGAUUGUAUUCAACCACAUCUUUCCUCCACUUGUGGUUCAAGCCAUCUCCCAGCCUGUUUCCUCGCCACAAAUCCACAACCUCCUGUUUUCCUUGGGUGGGGCUUCUAAAGCAAAGUGAGAAACUGAAUGCCUUGCGUCAUCUCCCUUCCAGAUGCUUACAGGUCACCUCGUAGUCCGUAUUACCAACUACCUCCUAAAGUGCAGCGGCAUUCGUCAAACCAGCUGUUGGUGACCCCCACCCCGCCUGCACUCCAGAAGCUGCUAGGUAAGCGGUCUUCCCGCCCCCCUCGAUGAGCAGGCCAACCCGCAUGGUCGGUGUGGGAGGGUGUGGGUGUGUUCAGGUUUGUGCAAAUAGGGAAGUGGGAGACUUCAUCAGCACCCUGGACAGCUCCGUGGAGGCUUCAGGCUAGACGCUCCAUAUGAGCGGAGCUCAAAUAUUGUUUCAGCACCAGCCCUUGGGGGACUUGAAUAGGACCUGUGACUCUAUCUUCAGUAGCACCAUGGACAGCUCAUAUAGGGCUCAGGCUAGAGAUUCCAUGUAAAGGGAGCUCAGAUAUUGUUUCAGCACCAGCGGUCCUCGGACUGAGCCCUUAAAUAGGAGCUGCAGCUGGCUCUGAGUCGCCAGCUCAUUUAAAGGAGUCUGGACCGCUGUUCUACUGAGACAGGGAUGGGGGAGGCUGGUCCUGAAUGCAAGGCUGUCGUUGACGAGGUCCUUCUGUUCUCCAUCUCCUCUGGUCUUAACACAGAUUCGUUCAAGAUCCAGUACAUGCAGUUCAUGACGUACAUGAAGACUCCUCAGUAUAAAGCGAACCUUCAGCAGUUACUGGAACAGGAAAAGGUAAGGAGACAAACUUCCUUUCGGCAGCUGUGUAGGAUCUUCCUCUUAAGCCUGAUCAGGGAGUUUUUCUGAGUAGAAAUGUAAUCGCCCCUUUUGGAAUUUUGAAACUCAACCCUUGGCCCUGAGAAGUGACAAAGCUCUGUUGAUUUAAGCUCUUGCGGAAUGAUAUAAUUAGCACAGUUUUGAAAAGUCAAGCGAGAGGCUGUAAUGGAAUCUAUAGCUGCCGCCUUGCAGCAGUUCUCAGUUUUCUUACCACUGAAGCUUGAAACAGAAUGCAAAAGAAGGAACGUAAAUAAUUUGAGAUGUUUGGAGAAACUGUAAUUGUCAUACAACAGUGCCUUACAACUCACGUUUGUAAAAAGGUUCAUUACACAUGCAGUUUUGUUUUAUCUACUUACAAAUUCCUUUUUUACCAUUUCUUUACACUGGAUAAUGCGCCUGUUAACCUUGCUGUGUCCCCACCCUCUCCUGUCCCUGCUUCUGUUCUAGGAGAAGAAUACUCAACUUCUGGGGAAGGCCCAACAGUUGUUUACUCACUGCCAAGCUCAGAAGGAAGAAAUCAAGCGGUUGUUCCAGCAGAAACUGGAUGAGGUAGGAGUGGGGAGUGGUCUGGCCGGCGGGGCAGAGGGGGGAGAGAGACAGAGACAGAGAAUGCCCUCUGCACAGCAUGUGUUGUUGUUGUUGUUAUUUAUUUACAGUGGUACCUCUGGUUACGAACUUAAUUCAUUCUGGAGGUCCGUUCUUAACCUGAAACUGUUCUUAACCUGAGACACCACUUUAGCUAAUGGGACCUCCCACCGCCGUUGCACCACCGCACAGUUUCUGUUCUCAUUCUGAAGCAAAGUUCUUAACCCAAGGUACUACUUCCGGGUUAGUGGAGUCUGUAACCCGAAGUGUUUGUAACCCGAGGUACCACUGUAAUAAUAUUUAUUCUACCCCAGCCACUCUGGGCGGCUUCCAGCCUAUAUAAAAAGAUAAUAAAACAUCAAACAUUAAAAAGCUUCCCUAUACACAGCUGCCUUUAGAUGUCUCCAGAAAGUUGUGUAGGUGUUUAUUUCCUUGAUAUCUGAAGGAAGGGCAUUCCACAGGGAGGGUGCCACCACCGAGAAGACCCUCUGCCUUGUUCCCUGUAUCCUUACUUCUCACGGUGAGGGAACUGCCAGAAGGCCCUUGGAGGAGGACUUCCAUGUUAUAGUUUGAUUGUAACAUCACAUGACUAUCCAGUCAUUACUAUCCUCCAUAGUCUUACAUUCAGACAUUAACUGAUGUAUCUCUCGUCACCAUGGAUGUGCUUUCUGCUCCUGACUAUUUAUUAAUCUGGCAUAUCAUGUGCAUAAAACCCUCUGUCUCGCUUUUCCCAAGGCCUCUGGCAGUCAGGUCUGGACCGUUCUACAUUCCAUCUCCACUUUCCCCACUUUUUCCAAGUCCUCUGCUUAAUGGGUUAAUUGCCCUCUUACCCAUGCCUAUAGCACAGCUGAUCUUCCUUGCAGCUGGUAUUUUUUAUUUCUCUUUCCCUUCAGGCCACAUCUAGAUUGCACACACCAAUCCCAUGUCUAGCCUGGAGUCACAGUGCAGUGGUCUUUGCGCAAGCUCUGCAGGGGCCCCCACAUCCCAGAUCGUUAUCCCCUAUCUCUGUGCGAAAAGUUCAGAUCUGAAGAGCGCCCUGCCCCAUGCAUUGGUCCUGAUAUCAAUCAGGACAGGACAAUUUUAGACACAUCACCGUAUUUUUCGCUCUAUAAGACGCACCCGACCAUAGUUUUGAGAGGUGCUAUGAUGCUCAUGUACUUCUUGUGGGCUUCCCACAGGCAUCAAGCUGGCCACAGUGCUGGCCACUGUCUCUGCGCAGCGCCUCUCCUGCGAAGCGGGAGGAGGACCAGAAGGGAGGAACAUAGGAGGAACAGAGAGGGAGAGCUGCGCAGCGCCCCUUCAGCGAAGCGGGAGGAGGAACAGAAUGGGCUCCGUUCCUCCUCCCGCUUCACAGGCGAGGCGCUUCGCUGAAGGGGCACUGCGCAGCUCUCCCUCUCUGCGCAGCGCCAUUCGCUCCAUAAGACGCACUCAACAUUUCCCCUUACUUUUUAGGAGGAAAAAAGUGCGUCUUAUGGAGCGAAAAAUACAGUAAAUCUGUCUGGGUCAGAUUUAGUGUCUUUCACUGGACAGUCCCAGGGCAGCUUGCAACAACGAAGGAUACGGUUACCAAACAAAGGGACAGUUGCCACCACGAAGCAAUAAAGAUGUAAUCCUGAGUCCCUCCAGGCAAGCCCCCCAAGGGUAUGCUCAGGACCAUCAGCUCAGAAGAGGGGAGACUGUAACACAGUGGGCUGGGUGGUCUCUGCAGCAGCUGCAGCAACUGGGUCAUGGCUUCCUGAGUUGGCAUGGGAAGGGGCACGAGGAGAAGACAAGCCGUUCGUUUUUUGUUUUCCUGAACUUCCUCCCUGCUCCCAAACUGAUGCUCCCUGUUUUAUGUCGCCGGGAUGAUGCUGGGUGGGGGUCUAACCAUGUUCUGUCCCCCCACCAACCUAGCUGGGUGUUAAGGCACUGACGUACAACGACCUUAUCCAGGCCCAGAAGGAGAUCUCUGCUCACAACCAGCAGCUGAAGGAGCAGACCAAGCAGCUGGAGAAAGACAAUGGCGAGCUCAGGAACCAGAGUUUGCAGCUGGUGCGUCCUCCCCAACGGGAGUCCCAGCGUCUUGGGGCUGGGGGCUGGGGUGGCUCACGUCCAAACUCACCCUCCUUGUCUGUCUCCCCCAUAUCCUAGCUGAAGGCCAGGUGCGAAGAACUGAAGCUGGACUGGUCGACGCUGUCGCUGGAGAAUCUGCUCAAGGAAAAGCAAGCACUGAAAAACCAGAUCUCUGAGAAACAGAAGCAUUGCUUGGAGCUGCAGGUAGGGUUUCGUGGAAUCAUAGGACCAGAGUGUUGGAAGACGCCCCAACCCAGGCGUAACCAAUUUGUGCAUUGCACAUAAACUUCCUGAUUUCCACCCUCCCCAUUUUUUCUUUUUAAAGAUCAGCAUCGUGGAGCUUGAGAAGAGUCAGCGGCAGCAGGAGCUGCUGCAGCUGAAGUCCUACAUGCCUCCCGACGACUCGCUCGCCCACCCACGCCACAAGCGCCACCCGAGCCGAGAGGUGGAGCCCGAUCACAGCACCUUCCACCCCGAGCUGGAGUGCUCCAAGUUCCCCGCGGGCCCCCACCUGAACGGCAUGAGCCCUGAGCUGUCCAUGAACGGCCAUGCCACGCCCUACGAGAUCCACACCGCUCUUGGCCGCCCGGCCUCCUCGUCGUCCUCGUCCUCCUCCUCCAAGCAGGGCACCCCCCAGUACCCGGCUUCCCACCUGGACCAAGACAUAGUACCCUGCACGCCCAGCCACAGCGGCAGGCAGAAGCCGGACAAGGCCUCUAGCUUGUCCUUGCCAGACUACACCCGCUUCUCCCCGGCCAAGAUCGCCCUCCGCAGACAUCUGAACCAGGACCACGUGGGCAGUGGGAAAGCAGCCCCUGCUGAGAACCACCAGAGGUGAGAUAGGGGUUGGCAGCAGAGGGGCUUGGGGGAAGCGAGGGGUCCUUUGGGGGCAGCUCCCUCCUCCCACUUGCUCCACGCAGACUGCACUUUGCCAAGUACCACGGACAGAAGGAGGUGCUCUCUCUCACUUGCCAGUUCAUAGAAUCAUAGAACUGUAGAGCUGGAAGGGACCCCAAGGGUCAUCUAGGCCCACCCCCUGCACUGCUAAAGCAUCCCUGGCAGGUGGCCAUCUGACCUCUGCUUAAAAGCCCCCAAGGAAGCAGAGUCAGCAACAUCCCGAGGGAAACCGUUCCCCUGUUGAGAAUGUCUCUUCCUGAUGUUGAGUCGCAAUCUCCUUCCUUGUAACCUGAAGCCAUGGGUUCGAGUCCUACCCUCCAGAGCAGGAGGAAACAAGCUGGCCCCCUCUUCCAUGUCCUGAGUUCUGGCAGCCUUCUUUGAUGCAACCAGGGCUUUGGAGGAAGGGUUUGUGUUUCCCCAUCAAAUACUGCUGAAUACUGAUAUGCCACGGUUGGUGUGGAGCCUGCCUGCUCAAAACCCAGAUGGCACUAGGCGCCAACAUCCCUUCAUCCCUGGCCAUUGGCCACGCUGGCUGCUAGGAGUCCAGGAACAUCUGGAGGGCUCCAGGUUUCCCCAUAUCUAAUCUAGUAGUAGUAGUAAAUAAUAAUGAUGAUGAUAAUAACAAUUAAUAAUAAUAUUUGUACCCCGCCCAUCUGACCGGGUUGCCCCAGCCACUCUGGAUGGCUUCCAACACAUAUGAAAACAUAAUACAUACAAGCCAGGCACCAAAUGGCUACUUAAACCAAGGUUACAGUCGCCAAAACACAAUGCCUAUUUGCCAUUUGGGGGCAAGACGACUAGAAAGUCUUAUUUUUCAAAGGGUGGACUGACUGCGAUGGAUUCUCAGUUAAACAUCUGUCUAGUUCAGAGGACAACCUUGAGCCAGGCUAAGAACUUUGAGAACUUAAAGAAGAAAGGUCCCUUGAUCCAGGGAUAGUUUGCAUAUCUACUAGCCUUUUCUGACCUCUUUUUUUCUUAAUGGUGACAUGGACCAUUCAUAACACAAGAAUAUCCUUCACAACUCUGAGCAGGGCAGUGGGGGAAGCAAAGACAAACGACAACUAUAACGCUCUUCACUGCUCCUUCUCAGGCUGCAUUGAAAAAGCAUUUUGGUUCCAGAAAUUCAUUCCAAUUGUGCAGAUAAAAUAUAACUGAUGGAAUUCUACAGGAUGGGUCCUUAGUGUGUGAAAACAGUCCAGAUGCAAGGAUCCCCGGAUGAUGGAGACAUCAGGCGCCAUCCUGGCACCCAGGCAUCUUCACUUGGUCACGAGUGACCGAUAGCCAGGUGCAAAAUGUGCCUGGCACCUGUUGAAUUUUGAACACUGCUUGGGAUAUAUCGUGAUGAAAGGCAGGAUGUCUCUCUUAACAAACGAUGAACGCUUUCCAUUGGCAAUGGGGAAACCUCCAGAACUCUUGCACCCUGUUUAUUUUAUUUUCCAAGCACUAUUCAAAGUGUUGGUGCUGACCUUUAAAGCCCUAAACGGCCUCAGUCCAGUAUACUUGAGGGAGCGUCUCCACCCCCAUCAUUCUGCCCGGACACUGAGGUCCAGCGCCGAGGGCUUUCUGCCGGUUCCCUCAUUGUGAGAAGUGAGGUUACAGAGAACCAUGCAGAGGGUCUUCUUGGUGGUGGCACCCGCCCUGUGGAACUCCCUCACACCAGAUGUCAAAGAGAACAAUAACUACCAGACUUUUAGAAGACAUCUGAAGGCAGCCCUGUUUAGAGAAGCUUUUAAUGUUUAAUAGAUUAUUCUGUUUUAAUAUUCUGUUGGAAGCCGCCCAGAGUGGCUGGGGAAACCCAGCCAAAUGGGCGGGGUAUAAAUAAUAAAUAAUAAUUAUUAUUAUUUCCUUUUGGCAGGACUGAGCACAUGAAAGAGAACGGCCUCACCUUUUCAAGCCCUGCGAUGCCAAACGGCCUGAAGAUGAGCCCUCAGGAACCCCAGCCCCCUUCUCCAGCAGCCUUGUCCGUAGCCAAUGAGAAGGUAAGGAAGCCGCAAGGGGGGCUGUCUCUGAGUCUCCAGGCGCAGCUUCCAUAAGGUUGACUUCCCGGGAGUAUUCAACUGUGUGGUGUGGGGUUUUUUUUGGGGGGGGGGGGAACUGAGCUGUACCAAAUGUUAAAUGAACCUUAGUCAAUGCUAAGUGAACUAUGGGUUGUCUCCAGUGCAAUAUAUAUAAUUACUAAUGUGAAGAUCCAAAUUUGGAGCAAGUACUCUUUGGUGAGAGAUUAUUAUGAUUACCGUAUUUUUCGCUCUAUAAGACACACCAGACCACAAGACGCACCUAGUUUUUGGAGGAGGAAAACAAGAAAAAAUAUAUUCUGAAUCUCAGAAGCCAGAACAACAAGAGGGAUUGCUGCACAGCGAAAGCAGUGAUCCCUCUUGCUGUUCUGGCUUCUGGGAUAGCUGCGCAGCCUGCAUUCACUCCAUAAGAUGCACACACAUUUCCCCUUACUUUUUAGGAGGGGAAAAGUGAGUCUUAUAGAGCAAAAAAUACAGUAUUUAUUGAAUUUAUAUACCGUCCUAUACCCGGAGGUCGUAGGGCAAGAACCCCAGUAGAGAUUUAAAGUCACAGAAUAUGCAGAAGAGUGAAGGGUGCAAAUAUAUGCUGUUAGACCUUUAAAAUACGCCCUUCCAAAAUUUCCCUGUUCCCCCAGCAUAGAUGAAAAAGCCACAGGUUUGGUAAGUUAAAGAUUGGUUUACUUACAAAUGCUUCAAAGCUCCGGUUCAUGCGCUUUCCCAUACAUUGGUCAGAAACAUUGCACAGGCGUAGUAAAACUUAGCUUAGUUAUAAAGCAGUAAAAGCUCCAAGAUUAUUGGUAUAGGAACUCCAGAGUGGCUGGUGAGAGCCAUGCGCUUGAGCUGGAGCAACCAGCUCAAGCUUCAUCACAUGCUGAGCUUCUCAGGUAGACUGGAGUUGGGAGAAACAAUAGGCUUGAAUUACCUGUUUCCUCCCAAGGUAAGGGAAGUGACAUAGCUAAGCCUGGCAGGAUAGAUUGCUUUUUAGUAUUAACCCCUUCAUGCAUUCAUUAGACUUAAGCAUGUUGGGUUACUUGUGGCUAGUUAUCCCACAUAUCCAACGCCAAGUAAGUUGUGGGCUGUAUCCAAUGCUAAGUAAAUCUCCCUUCAGUGCAGGGAUUUCUGCUUGUGCGAAGGGACUCUUCCCCCACCCCCUGUGUGCCCUCUAAUUCAGUUCUGGGGUUUCCCCCAACCCUUUAGAGCAGAUUUGAAGUAACUCCACAGGAUGGAAUUGGGGGGGGGGGGUUCCCAUUGCACAAGAGGAAAUCUCUGUGCCAACGGGAGACAUUGAUCGGUUAUGCUCAGAGCAUACUGAUGGGGAAAUGCAGGUUGUGUCCCGAGCCAAAGAGAAUUCUUCAGGACCCGAAAAACCCACACUGCAUAAUAAAGUGCCCAGACUGAGAGUGCUGUAUGUUAAAAUACAUUUUACACGACUCUGGAGGUUAGACUUGGGUCUGUUUGAUGCAGCGUUUUCUCUCUUGCAGUGUCACAAGUAUGUGCCUGUACUGUUGUCUGGUCUCAGUGGGGUGUGGAAUGCAUUUCUCUCUCUCCCCCCCCCCCCCCCAGAACUGUCCCUUUCUUAAAUGUGUCAGAAGCGCCAAGCUGCAAUCAGCCCUGGUUUCCAAAGUCCGGCCUCAAACAAUUGUGAAUGGGUGAACCAAAAUGACAUUGCUGGCGCUCGUCUGUUUAUCUUAGCAAAAACCGGCACGGGUGUAAUAUUCCCCAUCUCCAAGGCCACUGUGGUUAAAUGGACCCCUGUUUGUACUCUGACCGAAACGGCAAACACUGUGUGUGUGUGUGUGUGUGUGUGUGUAUGUUGGCUGGCUGAUGCAGUUGACCUCUUGUUCGUGUCUUUUUAAGAAUAUUUGUUGGGGUGGGGAAUUGCUUGCAAGCGCUCCAUGCUCUCCUUCCGCUAAGCGUCCUUUUGAGAGCUUCUUGGCUCGGAAGGCGAAAGGGGGGGCGCUGCAUUAUUUUGGCCUUCUCUGCUUUUUUGUGUGUCUGCAGGCUUUGCGAGAGAGGACGUCCGCGAGUAACGGGGAGACCAUCACCAGCCUUCCCAUCAGCAUCCCCCUGAGCACAGUGCAGCCCAAUAAACUCCCCGUUAGUAUCCCCCUGGCCAGCGUAGUCCUACCUAGCCGUAUUGAGAAGGUGGUGAGUAAGGGUGCUUUCCCCUCCUCCUCCUCUUCCUCUUCCUCCUCCUCCUCCUCACCCCUUGCUAUAAAAAAGCCAAUCUGACGGGCCUUGGGGGCAGCUCCCAACAUUAUCUUUUAAGUUGCGAACCCUACGGAUAGCUCCAGCUCUUAGCUGCUUUCAUUCUCUCUUCCCGCCCUACUCCUCUGGCAUCUGAAAAUCAGGAAUCCGAUGCAGUUGAUUGAUUGUUAUGCUGUCGCAGACCCGUCGAAAACGGAAUAGGAAUGCUGAGGAUCAUAACGUGUGCUUGUUAGAAAUAACAGCAUGAUGAAACGCAGGCGUGCUUAUGGUACAAUAGAUGAAAGCGUGAGAUACAACUUGGAUUUGGGAUUAUCCUCUUAGAAUCAUAGAAUUGCAGAGUUGGAAGGGGCCCUGAAGAUCAUCCAGUCCAACCCCCUGCAAUGCAGGAAUAUGAAGGUGCCCCAUACAGGGAUUGAACCUGCAACCUUGGCGUUAUCAGCACCAUGGUCUAACCAACUCAGCUAUCCAGAUGCUACAAAGUCUUUGAACACAGGAGAGGAUCUUGGCUGCUAACUCGCUUAUUGACUUGCUUGUCAAUAUUUAUAUCUAUAUAUUUUUUCCAGGUGCUUUUCCUUUGACCUUUCCCCGUAAAGGAGCAAAGUAGUCUAGGAUGGUCCUCUCUGUGCAGGUUGCACUCAAAGAAGUCAUGACCCAAAGUUUUGACUCCUUGAGAACUCCCUCCCAGUAUUGCAGAAGGGAGACCAAUUCAUCAGAUGCGUGGCACAGAUUCCUGAGAAAUUUCCUUCCCUUUUCUUACCCCAACCCCCUUCUUAAAAAAAACAAAAAAAUGCUACUCUGUUAGUCCUCAUGGGUCCCAGAGAUCUGCCUCUGUGUUCUGCUACCUGGCUUCAUCUAGAACAGGGGUUCUCCAGCUGUUUUUUGGACUGCAAUUCCCAUCAUCCCUGACCAUGGAUCCUGCUAGAUAGGUUUGAUGGGAGUUGUAGUAGUUCAAAAACAGCUGGAGACCCGAGUUUGGGAAACUACAGUUCCCAUCAUCCCUGACCACUGGUCUUUCUUAGCUAGGGAUGAUGGGAACUGUAGUCCAACAAGUAUGGGAAACCCUGGUCUAGAAAGCAGAACGCAGGGCUUGGAAGUGGAAGAAUUCUGAUCCUUGUUCUACUGUUAAAACUGGCCAAGCGGCUUUUGGACUAGGUGUCUGGUUUUGCUGCUGUUUUCGUUCCCCUGUCUUCUCUUGGAGAGUGUUUGUUUGAAUAUAUUUUAUUUUUUAAGAAAGGGUUGCGGGCAAGGAACAUCUGUCAUCCACCCCUGACAUUGUUGGACUUGUAACUCUCCUCACCGUUGGCCGUGCUGGCUGAUGGGAGUUGUGGUCCCUUGGCAGCCAGUCUCCUUCACCCCGAUCUAAGAAGCUGAGUUUUCUGCUCUCAGGAGGGGAUUUUAUUGUUUAUAGCCAAUGUCCAUUACAAUACAGUCAUACCUCAGGUUGAAUGCGCUUUGGGUUGAGCGCAUUCAAGUUGCGCUCUGCGGUAACCCGGAAGUAACGGAGUGCGUUACUUCCAGGCUUCGCCGCUUGCACAUGUGCAGACGCUCAAAAUGACAUCAUGUGCAUGCGCAGAAGCGGCGAAAAGCGACACACGUGUGCACAGAUGUGCCAUUGCUAGUUACGUUUGCUUCUAGAUGCGAACGGGGCUCCGGAACGGAUCCCGUUCAUAUCCAGAGGAAACACAUAUAAGCACAGAUAACACAACUACAGAACGAAAGACAUUACAUGCACCAGACCAGGACAAAUCUAAAAUGUCCAGAAUUUUAAAAGCUUUCCUUCUGGUCAGCAUCCCUGGGGUUGGCACUUGUGCUAUCCAGAAAGGUUGCCCUUAUCUUUCUCGACGCUGGUGUGAAUGGUGCCACCCCUAUAACUGAUGCGCUUAUCAACAUGCGCCAACAGCCAUUUAAUUUUCAAGUCGUCCAGUUGACCUUCUAAGGCAAUCUGAAAAGGGAAGAUAAAUUUAGCUCUGGGUGAAUCAUACAAUGGACAAUAUAGAAUAUAAUGUGCAAGAUCCUCAACAGGCCCUGAUCCACGUGUACAGAGGCUGUCUGUCUCCCAGCCAGAUAUUCAGUAGGCAUCGUUUGAAAUCUGAGCUGAGUGAAGGCAUAUCUAACCGGGGGGGAUGCAUACUACAUGGAGCAAUGUGCCCCCCCCCCCAAGAAGAGUUGGAGGCCGCCCAGAGUGGCUGGUGUGUUGGUGACACACAAACAUGGUACCCUCUAGAAAGCGGACCACAACUCCUGUCCUUCCUAACUUUGGCCACGCUGCCUGGAGCCGAAUGGAGUUGUGCGUCCAACAAACUCCGCAGGGCUGCAGGUUCACCGCCAUAGUUUGUACAGUGAAAAGUACCUUGUUAAAUUAUGGGUGACUGGGUUGAUAACAGCUCAGUUGGCGGAAGGUGACGGGUUCAAUGGCCGCAGUCUUCGAGGCUUCAGUUGGCAGGAAGGUGAGCGGUGGGAUCACUGCAAUCUCCAGAGUUUUGUUUCUUUAAAUUUCUUUUGAAAUGCAGACCCUACCUGUGCUUGGGAUACGUGGGGUGUUGCUGCCAGUCAGAGCAGGAGCCACUGAGCUGAACUGGCCCAUCCCUUGGGGUGAAAGCAGCUCCUUCAAUUGGUGUUGAUUAGCGGCGUCUCUCCUAACCCCUUUGGACGAGAAUUCAUGUGCGGCAGGGGGGCUGGACUAGAUGACCGUUGGGGAUCCCUUCCAACUCUGUGAUUUGGUGACUAACGCUUUUUGCGGUCGCUUGCUUGCCUGCCCAGCGGUCCAGCCACUUUUAACAGGAGCAGCAGUCUAAAGUCUGUUUCCUCCGCAGAAGCUCAACCAACCCUUCUCCCUCUCUUUUUUCUCUCUCUCUCUUUCCCGUUUCCCCCCUCGUCCCUCCAGAGAAGCACCCCCAGCCCCGUCCACCAGAUCCGAGACUCCUUUUCAACACUUGAAAAACAAUAUGGUGCUAGUUCUCAUAAUGGCAUUAGCAGUGCCGCCGGUGGAAAGAUGCCACCUUUGGCUACCUCAGGUGAGUUGUUCCCCAUCUCCCUUCUCAACCCCAGCUUCCCCGAUGGGGUGGAUUUCAGCUCUUCCAGGUGCCUAGGGAUGUUAAAGCAGCUGUUUUGGUGCCUGCUGAAAAUAUUCCUGUUUAGACAAGCCUACCCAGAUUCUGAGAAAGGUGGGGUGAUUUUAAUCUCUCUUAGUAUUUUUCUCUAAAAAAAUUUUUGGUUUAUUUAGUUUUCAAAUAUUUUCAUACUUUACCAUCAACAAUAAGUUUCGUUUAUCCAUUGGCUCCCAAUCACCCCUCCCCGAUGUUCUGUGUUAAUCCUUUGACACUGCAUAUUUUACCUCCACAUCCUAAAUUAUUAGCCUUAACGUCUUUCUGCCAUUGCUCAUAUGUCAAAUCCUGCUUGCGUUUUCAUGCAAUCGCAAUACUUCUUCAGAUAUUCUGCAAAAAGUUUUCCAGUCCUCAAAGAACAAUUCCUCGUUUUGAUCUCUUAAUUUUUGUUAUUAGCUUUGCCAUCAUUUUCAGUAAGCCCUUCUUCCUUCUUUGAGACCUCAUCCUCUUUCCAUUUUUGAACAUGAAACAUUCUUCAUGCUAUCAUUGCAUACAUAAAGAAAUUAACCAACUUUUGUCUGCGCUUCAAAUUUUUUAAUUUUUUUUUAAAACCCCAAAAAACAAAUGAAUAUAACAUUUUCCAGUUAGUCAAUUAACACUGGACUUCCCCUUUAUCCCUCCAAAUUUUCAAAUAUUGCUGCAUAUUACAGUUGCACCUUACAGUUGCACCUUAUCUUCACCAGAAUUUUCUCAAAUACUAUCUUAACUGCUGUUCUUAUUCAGGGCCUACUUGCGUUUCAGCAUGUUUACAGCAGUUUUUUAAAAUGAUCUACGAAUGUUUCCCAGUCCUCCUAAAAGUGUAUCUCACCCUGAUAUUUAAUUUUCCCUGCUAAACUUGCCAAUUCGGCAUAGUCCAAUUCAAUUGCAGCUGCCAAGAGAUUAAACCAACAUUUUUUGGUAUAUAUCUGUUUCAACCUCGCAGGUUUUUCUUACAUGUCUGGCUCCAUGGCGAUGAACGGGGCGUUCCCAAGCAGCCCCGCCCCGCUGAACCCCACCAUCGACCACGCGGCCCUGGAGGACGCCUCCAGCUCGGGGAGCCUGUUCAACUCGGUGGCGGGGUCCCGGAGCUCCACCCCACAGCAGCCCUCGUUCCUGGCCAUGCCCUCCCGGGCCUCGGCCCAGAGCUCACCCGCCCACCAGCACUCAGCCAGCCCCAGGCUCAACGGUGCGCCCCAGGGCCUGGCUGGCGUCCUGCAGUACGUGGACUCCCAGAAGGCACUGGCCGAGGGCGGCGGCGGCACCAGGGGCGACCCACAAGGGAUGGAGCCAGCCUUCUCCGACCCCGAGAGCGAGGGGAAGAGGAGGUUCAUCUUCACCAUCUCACCUGCCACUGGGACCGUCAAGCACUGCCCACCCAGCAAGCACAGCGCCCACACGGCGAGCAUCCGGGCAGAGUGCGGCCAGGAUGGGAAGAAGCGCGGACGGAGGAAGCGCUCCUCCACGGGGGCACCGGGCACCAACUCCGGUGUGUCGCCCAAGCGCAAACCGCUGCCUGCGGUGGCUGGGCUCUUCGCUCAGCCGUCGGGGUCUCCCCUCAAUAUCAACUCCAUGGUGAGAACCAAGGUGGUUUGCUUGCUUGCUUGCUUGCUUGUUUUGGGUGGUUUCAGGUGGGGUGAUUUAUGCAGCCACUAGCCUAUGCAAGCCAGAGUCGCCUCCAGGUGAUCAGACAGGGAGAGAGCGAGAGCCCUCUGUGGAUUGGUGAGAUCACCUCACCUGACAGGUGCCCACCUGAUCGCAUCAUUCGGUGGAAUCGGCCCUUCUGCGGGCGCCACAUAAUGUCUGUUCCACAUCUGUAAGAACUCAAUUGGUUAGCUCUUUCACUUUGUAACUCCCUGCUUAUUGAUAUCAGGCCUUCAGUUUGCUCGUUUUGGUGCCUGCUAAAAACAUUCCUGUUUAGGCAAAUCUAGAUGCAGGUAGCGCUGUGGGUUAAACCACUGAACCUAGGGCUUGCCGAUCAGAAGGUCGGCAGUUCAAAUCCCCGCCACGGGGUGAGCUCCCUGCUCCUGCCAACCUAGCAGUUCAAAAGCACGUCAAAGUGCAAGUAGAUAAAUAGGUACCGCUCCGGCGGGAAGGUAAACGGCGUUUCCGUGCGCUGCUCUGGUUCGCCUGAAGCGGCUUAGUCAUGCUGGCCACAUGACCCGGCUCCCUCGGCCAGUAAAGUGAGAUGAGUGCCACAACCCCAGAGUCGUCCACGACUGGACCUAAUGGUCAGGGGUCCCUUUACCUUUACCCAGAUGCUUAGAAAGGUGAGGUCAUUUUAAUCUCUUUUAGCAUCUCAACUUCGCAUGUUUUAAAGUAGGGUUGCGAUUCCCCCCCCCCUUGAUUUUUACUGUUCUGUCUUUAGCAAACCGCUUUGAGGUGUUUCUUUUUCUUUUUUCAAAUAAGCAGUGCGUAGAUUUUAAAAAAUCAAUAAUAAAUAAAUUGUGCAGUCCCCUUUCAGUGGGGCCCUUUGCAGUUUGCAUUCCUACCUGCAGAAGCCCCAUAAAUAUCAACCUGUAGCCCCUCAUAGCUAGUGCAGUUAGGGUGCUCUAUGAGUCUUUGAUCCUAAAACAGGGGUGUCAAACUCACAUUCAUCGGGGGCCGCAUCAGCAGUUUGGCACCGCUAGAGGGCAGACGUUCUCUGGCUUGUAGGCUGCCGCACAUGCGCUGAAGAGGCGGCUUUCUUGUGUAAAAAAAAAAAAGCGAGAAUAAAAGGUGAAGGCUGGCAGCGGCGGCUACACAGGCCACAUGACGAGGUCUGGCGGGCCGGAUUUGGUCCGCGGGCCUUGUGUUUGACACCCGUGUCCUAUAAUCUUCUCCUUUGCCACAGACAGUGAAAUGUUGGUCAGCAGAAUAUGUCAUCUUUGAAGUAAAGCAUUUGUCCUACUCCCCUGGAACAGAGAAGCUGGACAAGCUUUUCUUCAGCCUUCCCUCUCCCUUCCCUGCCCGUUUCUCUUUUUGCUAUGCCUAGAUAGAUAGAUAGAAUAGACAGACAAAAAACCCCACAAAACCAAAGUUACAAAACAUAGGAAUGAUGCAGAAGCUGCAGUUUCUUUUAAUAUAUGUCUAUUCGUUUCUAAGAACAUGGUAUUUGUUUUCCAAACAAACAGGGAGCAGACACUGUAGAAAAAAACGAAAGCAACAAAACAGAUCACAAAUGCUAAAUGUUGUGAUUUGGUGGAGUGAAAGUGAGUUUUGUAUUUCUGGAUCUGAUACAAAUUUUUGCCGUGUCCCUUAAAUGUAAAGCUCUAAGGCCCAGGGGAUGGUCACCUAUUAACCAAUUGGAAAAAGGUGCUCCUGGGGUCCUUUUUGGCUGCAGUUUGGGGUAGAUAAACACUAUAAAUAGCGAGAAAAUAAGAGCGCAAAACCCCCACGAAACAUGCCGUAACGUUAGGAGUGCUUCCCUAAUCCUUAAAUGCUUCUCUUCUUCUUCUUCUUCUGUCUUUCCUCCUCAGGUCAGUAACAUUAACCAGCCUUUAGAAAUAACAGCCAUUUCUUCCCCUGAAAACUCCCUGAAGAACUCUCCUGUUCCCUACCAGGACAGCGACCAGCCCCCCGUGCUGAAAAAGGAGAAGCCCCUGACCCAGAGCAAUGGCAUCCAUUACUCGCCGCUGACUUCUGAUGAGGAGCAGGGCUCGGAGGAUGACCACAACAGCACCAGGUGAGUGUGGACCUCGCCUUGUAGCGGGGAACACCCCUGCGGGGGCCCUGGUCUUGCGUCGGAAAGACCUCACUGCCGGAGGAAACUGCCUUCAAAUGAGUCAAGCCUGUUGGCCUUCCUGGCUCAGUACUUUAAUAAUAAAAAUUAUUAUUAUUAUUAUCAUCGUCAAUUCUGUAUCCAGGGCAGCUGUCUACCAGCUCCAUCUGGUACGCAGGCUGAGACCCUACCUGCCCGCAGACUGUCUUGCCAGAGUGGUGCAUGCUCUAGCUUGGACUACUGCAAUGCGCUCAAUGUGGGGCUACCUUUGAAGGUGACCUGGAAACUGCAAUUAAUCCAGAAUGCGGCAGCUAGACUGGUGACUGGGGGUGGCCGCCGAGACCAUAUAACACCGGUCUUGAAAGACCUACAUUGGCUCUCAGUACAUUUCAGAGCACAAUUCAAAGUAUUGGUGUUGACCUUUAAAUCCCUAAACGGCCCAGUAUACCUGAAGGAGCGUCUCCACCCCCAUCAUUCUGCCCAAACGCUGAGGUCCAGUGCCUAGGGUCUUCUGAUGGUUCCCUCACUGCAAGAAGCAAAGCUACAGGCAGAGGGCCUUCUCGGUAGUGGCGCCCACCCUGUGGAACGCCCUCCCACCAGAUGUCAAAGAGAUAAACAACUACCUGACAUUUAGAAGACAUCUGAAGGCAGCCCUGUUCAGGGAAGUGUUUAAUGUGUGACAUUUUAAUGUAUUUUUUAAUCUUUGUUGGAAGUUGCCCAGAGUGGCUGGGGAAAUCCAGCCAGAUGGGCAGGGUACAAAAAAAAUAUUAUCAUCAUCAUUAGAAGAGUGACUAGUGGGGUGCCACAGGGUUCUGUCUUGGGCCCGGUCUUAUUCAACAUCUUUAUCAACGACUUGGAUGAUGGACUCAAAGGCAUCCUGAUCAAAUUUGCAGAUGACACCAAACUGGGAGGGGUGGCUAACACCCCAGAGGACAGGAUCACACUUCAAAAUGACCUUGACAGAUUAGAGAACUGGGCAAAAACAAACAAGAUGAAUUUUGACAGGGAGAAAUGUAAAGUAUUGCACGUGGGCAAAAAAAUGAGAGGCACAAAUACAAGAUGGGUGACACCUGGCUUGAGAGCAGUACAUGUGAAAAGGAUCUCGGAGUCUUGGUUGACCACAAACUUGACAUGAGCCAACAGUGUGAUGCGGCAGCUAAAAAAGCCAAUGCAAUUCUGGGCUGCAUCAGUAGGAGUAUAGCAUCUAGAUCAAGGGAAGUAAUAGUGCCACUGUAUUCUGCUCUGGUCAGACCUCACCUGGAGUACUGUGUCCAGUUCUGGGCACCACCGUUCAAGAAGGACACUGACAAACUGGAACGGGUCCAGAGGAGGGCAACCAAAAUGGUCAAAGGCCUGGAAACGAUGCCUUAUGAGGAACGGCUAAGGGAGCUGGGCAUGUUUAGCCUGGAGAAGAGGAGGUUAAGGGGUGAUAUGAUAGCCAUGUUCAAAUAUAUAAAAGGAUGUCACAUAGAGGAGGGAGAAAGGUUGUUUUCUGCUGCUCCAGAGAAGCGGACACGGAGCAAUGGAUCCAAACUACAAGAAAGAAGAUUCCACCUAAACAUUAGGAAGAACUUCCUGACAGUAAGAGCUGUUUGACAGUGGAAUUUGCUGCCAAGGAGUGUGGUGGAGUCUCCUUCUUUGGAGGUCUUUAAGCAGAGGCUUGACAACCAUAUGUCAGGAGUGCUCUGAUGGUGUUUCCUGCUUGGCAGGGGGUUGGACUCGGUGGCCCUUGUGGUCUCUUCCAACUCUAUGAGUCUAUGAUUCUAUGAUGAUGAUGAUCAUCAUCAUAUACCCCACCCAUCUGGCUGGGUUUUCCCAAGCCUACACUAGCCAUCAGUUGCUGUCCAGGAUUUUGGGAAGGGAGUCUGGAGGUGCCCCGGUUUGGAUCCUACAACCAAGAAGCAGGGGGUUGGCUCAUUGUGUCCUCUCUCUUCUGUGUUCCAAAGCUAUCGAGUGACUGUCUGAUCUGCCUUGUUGGUGGCUUUUUCAUUCCCCCGUUUUGUCCUCAAGGCUUACAUGGCAGGCGAGGAUUUUUAACAGCCUAAAUGAAAGGCUGUUGACCUCUGGCGAUCUGCCAGCUCUGUUCAGGUGGUCCACAGCAUGUCCCUGUUAAAAAUGCAUCUUGAUUUUUCAAUUCUACUUUAAUUGCUGCUUUUGUUUAAUCAUAAUCAUAAUAAUUAUACCCACCUAUCUGGCCUGGGUUUCCCCAGCCACUCUGGGUGGUUUCCAGUACAUAUGAAAACAUAAUACAACGUCAAACAUAAAAAAAUUCCCAGUAUAACAGUUUAUAACAAUAAAGACUUGCACACUUCAGGAACUCAAUACCUUAAGCUUCUCCCCGUAUGAACUGAUCCAGACCCUGUGUGUCCCCUCCCAGAGGGGUUCGGAAGGUGGCAACAAGAGAACAGGCCUUUUCUGCAGUGGCUCCCUAAUUGUGGGAUGCUCUCCCCAGAGAGAUUUGCCUGUUGCCAUCACUACAUGCCUUUAGGUGCCAGGCAAAAACAUUCCUCUUUACCCAGGCCUAUGCCUAUUAAAUAAUCGGUGGCCUAUGAAAGUGUGGGAGAGAGGACUGUUAUUACAAUGACUAUUUUACUAUUAGUUUAGUAUGCUUUCUGUUACGUUUUUAUCAUUGAUAAGUGAUAUUUAAUAAUAAUAAUAAUAAUAAUAAUAAUAAUAAUAAUAAUAAUAAUAUCUUUAUUGUCAUUGCCCCCUUCGGGGACAACGAAAUUACUUGACUGCUCCAUAAAAACACUAAUUAAUCAAUACAGUAUAAUACAGCAAGGGAGAUUAGAUGACUUUCAAAGUCCGGGCUUCCCAUUCAGGGCCGAGAUCGCUCUGGAGAAGAAGCUGUUCUUAAGACGGCUCGUUCUUGUCUUCAUCGUCCUGUAUCUCCGUCCCGACGGCAAGAGCUCGAAGAGACAGUGACCAGGAUGCGAUGGAUCUUUUACUAUGUCCAGUGCCUUCCUAUGGCACCUUGUGGCAUAAAUCUGCUCUAAGGUGGAGAGUGGGCAGCCAACAAUGCUCUCUGCUGCCUUAACAACCCUGCACAACCCCAUCCUGUCCUGGGUAGUACAGCUUCCGUACCACACACAUUUAUCACAUUUACCACAUUCUAUAAUGCGUUUUUAAUGUUGUGAAGCACCCUGGGAUCUUUUGAUGAAGGGUGGUGUAUAAAUUGAAUAAAUAAUAAUAAAUAAAUAAUGAUGAUUAUGGUGGUGGUGAUGAUAAAUUGUUCCCCAACUCUUCACACUAAAGUUCCAGGGAGGGUUACAUAAAUCAAAACACGUUAAAAUCGAUCUUGAACAACUUAUGAUCCCAGAAAUGAUGCAGGUUCUAGGACCUCCAUAUGUUUUGAGACUACAAUUCCCAUCAUCCCUGACCAUUGGUCAGCCCUCCAUAUGUUUUGAGACUACAAUUCCCAUCAUCCCUGACCAUUGGUUCUGUUAGCUAGGGAUGAUGGGAGUUGUAGUCCCAAAGCAUCUGGAGGACUGAGUUUGCCUAUGCCUGUUCUAGAAAUACGGAGCUCAGGUGUUAAAGGCCGGGGUGCAGUGGUGCAUUUUCAGCAUUUGUCCAAAGCUGUAUAGUGCCAGUCGUGCCUCUGAAAAAUACAAUAAAAAAACAUCUAGCAGAGGGUAUUUUAAUUGUCAGGACAGGCAGAAGAAUCAUGUAAGCCUGGGUUUCCCUAACCACUAGGGGUGACGGGAGUUGUAGCCCCAAAACAGUUGGAGACCCAAGUUUGGGAAACCCUAAUGUAAGCGGUCUACUAAAACCGCAAGCAGUUUUCUCGUGACCCAUGGGGUGGGGAGAUGUUUGGGAACCUCUGGCUUAAGGUAAACGGCUUUUCUUUUCUUCUUCCUCCCUUCCUAGAAUUGAGAGAAAAAUCGCGACGAUAUCACUGGAAAGCAAAUCUCCGCAGAAGGCGAUGGAGAACAGUAAGUGUGGAGGCCGCUGGUGUGGGUCAGGGGGGAAAGCUGUUUUAGACUGCCUGCUUAGGGUGGUGCUGGGUGUUUGUAACAGGUGCAUGUAAAAUAAGUGCAGUUCCAUACGGAUUAGGUAACCGAGCACAAAAGCUGUCUUCACCUGCAAAAAGAAUAUUAGCUAUGUUUGAUUGUCAAAUGCCGUUCUAGAUUCGCCAGGCUGGUCUUGAAAAUGAUGCUUCUUCUGUAUAUAAUGAAGGAAUGUCAAGGCAUAUCGAAAGUGUUGGGAGGUUCUGCUUCCAGGGAGCCAGUGUGGUGUAGUGGUUAAGAGCGGUUGCCUCGUAAUCUGGUGAACCGGGUUCGAUUCCCUGCUCCUCCAGCUGCAGCUGCUGGGUGACCUUGGGCUAGUCAUACUUCUCUGAAGUCUCUCAGCCCCACUCAUCUCACAGAGUGUUUGUUGUGGGGGAGGAAGGGAAAGGAGAUUGUUAGCCGCUUUGAGACUCCUUAGGGUAGUGAUAAAGCGGGAUAUCAAAUCCAAACUCUUCUUCUUCUUCCUUGGUUGCUAUUUGGUGCUGACGGUGCUCUCUUUUGCUCCCCAUCCGUCUCUGUCUCUUCUCCUAUUGCCUCUCUCACUCCUGCUCCAUUUGUCUGUCUGCGUCUCUUUGCCCCUUCCUCGCCCCAUCCGCCUCUCUCUCUCUCGCCUUCUCCUUGUGUGUGUCUCUCUCACACACGUUCCUUCCCCUGCCUCCCCAAAUCCCAGGCAUGAGCUUAGCCGGGAGGAAGCAGGCCAGCGAAAACAUGAACAGCAGCAAGUGGAAGUCGACCUUCUCUCCCAUUUCUGACAUCAACCUGACCAAAGCAGUGGACAGUCCUCUGCAGGCCCCGUCGCUGAGCCAGAACUCCCUUUUCGCCUUCCGACCGCCCUCUGAGGACGGCUCGGGGGGCGACAACAAGGUCUCGGCCCACCCAAGGAAGCACGGGGCCUCGGCCGCCCUCGACAGACUCGGCCAGACCAUGAAUGGAUUUUCUUACAACAGCGGGCUGCCGGCCGACCUCGGUUUACAUAGCUUUAUUGACGGUGCUCCUCUCCCGCACAAGGCCGCGGCGGACGUGGCUGCGGCGCUGGCGGGCAGCUCGCCCCUGAGCUUCCUGGCGCAGCGCAGCAAGGAGGGCGGUGGGGUCUCUGAGACGAACCCCUUCCUGAGCAAAAGGCAGCUGGAGGGCCUAGGAGCCCUCGCAAAAGGGGAAGACUCCAACUGGCCCAGCGGCCUAAAGGGCAAAGACCCCGGCGAGUUGAGCGCCCGCCUGGGAGCCGCUUUGGACAAGUCCUCGGUGCUACACGGCAGCAAAGCCGGGAAGGGCAGGGAAAGGGAGGCCGUCGAGCUGAAGAACGGCCACAACCUCUUCAUCGCUGCUGCCACCGCCACCCCUCCUGGCGGCCUGCUCAACGGCAAAGGCCUGUCGGUGGCCCCCACGGGCAGCUCUCCUUCCUCUGUGCCCUCCUCCUCCUCCUCCUCCAUGGUGGCUCACCCGUUCUUGAACUCGCUAACCACUGGCUCGCAGUUCUCCCUGGGCCCUAUGGUGACGAACUCUUCGGUACUGCAGUCCCUGUUCAGCUCCAUGCCAGCCGCCAGUCUGGUUCAUGUCUCGUCGGCUGCCACCCGACUGACCAACUCUCACACGAUGGGCAGCUUCUCCCCCGGGGUGACAGGUGGAACAGUUGGAGGUAAGGCGGAGCUUCGGGGUUCUUCCUUCCCUGGGGGCACAGCUGAGAAGGGGGGCAGGGACAGCUUUUUUCACACCCUCUCUGCAGCCCCACUCCACAGUUAGGUGGGUUUUAUUUCUAUAUGCAUCUUUAUUGAAGUUAUAUACUGCGCUUCAUCAGGACACCCCAGGGCAGUUCAUAGAGUAAAAUACAAGACAAAACACCAGUAAAUAAUUAAAGCAAAACAGCAAAACACUACUCCCCUUCUCACAGAUACAUUUCAAAGGCUGCAGGGUAUUUAUCAGCCCAAGGCCUGGUUGAAGAGGAAUGUUUUUGCCUGGUGCCUAAAAGUAUAUAAUGAAGGCACCAGGCUCUCCCUGGGAAGAGCAUUCCACAAGUGGGGAGCCACUGCAGAAAAGGCCCUGUUCUCGUGUUGCUAACCUCUAGACCUUUCAUGGGACAGGCACCCAAAGAAGGGUCUUGGAGGAUCUCAGGGUCCGGGUACGUUCAUAUGGAGAGAGGCGAUCCUUGAGGUAUUGCGGUCCUGAGCCAUUUAAGGCUUUAUAGGUCGAAAACAGGUUUUCAAGCGCUCUUUUCUGGGAGAUCCCCCACUCCACUUGUGCUGAGCUGUGUUCCACAAAGAAGGGGGGCGGGCUGGGGAUACACAGACCAUCCUUAGCCUACCUGGUGCCUUCCCCAAAUGUUGCCUGGUGUCUUCCCCCAGCCAGCAAGGGGAACCAAGGAGGAAACAUGCCAGUUCCCCACAAACAUGCGUGCCUGAAGGUCUCCUCCUCCUAAGAGCCUCUCUUUUUGGGAGAAGUCGUGUUUCCGGGGCAGAGUGGCUGCAGCAGCCUUGAGACUAGCUUGCUGUCGCCAAAAAGAGGGCCUUAGAAAUGGGUGCGUUGUUGGGUCUCUGAGUUCAGCCAAAGUCCCUUCCCCCUGGCGCAUAAAAGGAGACAGGUAAGUGAGCAAGCCUCUACCCCCCCGCUCAGCUUCUGCACCAUCGCUGCUCAUCGCUUGCCGCUGCGGCUGUCGUUCAUUUUCUCCAUGCUGCGCAUUUGUCUGUCAAGCUGCGGCUGCUGCAAUCUUUUUUAAGUUUGCUUGCUUGCUUUAAAAAAAAUAAUUUAUUUUCCCCCCGGUUGUGUUGCGUCACGUUGUCGUUGUUGUUUUUGCUUCUCUCGCUGUGAGCCGUGCCAAAGUUCCGCCUGCUGAGUUUGUUUCUUUCUCCUGUUUGCAGGUAUUUUUAACCAUGUGGUGCCUUCUGCCUCCUCCUCCUCCUCUGCUCCCUCGCCUUCCCUUCCGUCUUUCUCCUCCUCUUCCUCCUCCCUCCACUUUGGCAGCAGCGCUGUCUCCAGCUGCGCCGCCGCCGUGCUGAGUCUGAACCCUCUGCAGGUGACUCCCACCUCCCCAUCGUUCCACUCGCCCCCGGCCCCCUCUGGCGAGACGCAGCACCUCGCGCGAACCCCGGCGCACCCGCCCCGGCGCACCCCGCCUCCCAACGUCUCCUUGCCUCCGCCCCCUCCCCUCCUUGCCUCCAGCAGCGACCCCGUCCUCCUGCAGGCCUUCUCCUCCCUUCCGGGCUCCGAGGCUUUCUUGCCGCCCCCGUCCUCCUCUUCCCCCGCUAACUCCGCUUUGUCUAUUAAGCUAGCUUCUCUCCAGCACAAAUCCUCCCGCCCUUCCUUCACUGUCCACCACCCGCCUCUGCCCCGCUUGGCGCUAGCCCAGGCCGCGCCCGGGAUCCCGCAGCCCAGCGCCGCUGCCUCCGCCGCGCCCGCUAUGUGGGUCACGCUCGGCCUGCAGUCUCCUUACGCUUCGCACCUCCCCGGGGUUAAGCCGCGGUAAUGGGCUCGGCUUGACCCUUUAAGUGUUCGUGCUCCGUAAGGUAAGGCUGGCCGGGAGGGGCGGGUGGGGUGGGGCAGGCAGCUUCUUCGGAGGCAUGGAGCCACAUGUCUGCCCUUGCGGCCGUGUGUAAGCUUUGUCCUCUUGCAAGUUGGUUGUGGGGUGGGUCGCGGCUAAUGGAUUGAGGUUGAAUCUGGGAGAAAGGGGUCGGGCAGCUGUGGGGGAAUCCCUGGUCCUGAAUGGGGUAACUGUGACCCUGAAGGACCAGGUGCGCAGCCUGGGGGUCAUUUUGGAUUCAGUGCUGUCCAUGGAGGCACAGGUCAAUCCUGCGUCCAGGGUGGCUGUCUACCAGCUCCGUCUGAGACCCUCCCUUCCUGCGCCCUGUCUUGCCAGAGUGGUGCAUGCCCUGCUUGGACUACUGCCAUGCGCUCUCCGUGGGGCUACCUUUGAGAGUGACUCGGAAAAUAAAGAAUGUGGCAGCUAGACUGGUAACUGGUACCACAUAACACCAGUCCUGCAAGACCUACAUUGGCUCCCAGUACGUUUCCAAGAAAAAUCCAAAGUGUUGGUGCUGACCUUUAAAGCCCUAAACGGCCUCGGCCCAGUAGACCUGAAGGAGCGUCUCCACCCCCAUCGUUCAGCCCAGGCACUGAGGUCCAGUUCCAAGGGUCUUCUGGCGGUUCCCUUACUGCGAGAAGUGAGGUUGCAGGGAACCAGGCAGAGAGCCUUCUUGGUAACAUUUGGAAGACAGGCAGCCCUGUAUCGGGAGGUUUUUAAUGUUUGAUUUACUGUGUUUUGAUUUGAUGGAAGCUGCCCAGAGUGGCUGGGGUGACCUGAUCAGAUAGGCAGUAUAUAAAUGAUGUUGUUGUUGUUGUUCUUGGUUGAUCUCACGGCCCUUUUCACUACCUUCCUUGGGGGGGUGGUCAGCAGUGCAGCUUCUGCCCUCGCAUGCAGAAUGGCGUCUCCGGACAGGGCUGGGAGAGGCUCCUGUUCUGGAGAGCUGAAGCUGCCAGCCAGUGUAGACAUUACUGAGCUGGUUGGACCAGUGGCCUCACUCAUCAUAAAGCAGCUUCCUGACUAAAUUGUUAUUACCAGGCAGAUGGCAUCAUGCCUGGACCUGAAAAAUUAAUAACUGGCGAUGACUUGCAAUAACUGUAACCCGAGUUUGGAGGGUCGAGGAAGAGAGGCCUUGUUUGCCCACAAAGAAAUAAAACUCCUCCUUAUCAUCAUUCUUGUAUUCAUAUCCCACCUUUUCCUCCCAAGGGCUCAAGGUGUGGUGUACCUGGUUAUUCCCAGGGCGUUUUCUUCAGCUGGAACUCGCCAGAACUCUUGUUCCAGCAGUUCUCGGGGGGGGGGGGCCCUUGCCAUUGUAAGAGAACAAGGAAGGCGUUCAUGGCACCUCUUUUUCUAGGAUGUUGUUGAACUACAACUCCCAUCACCCCUAGCUAGCAAGGCCAGAGCUCAGGGAUGAUGGGAGUUGUAGUCCAACAACAUCUGGGGACCCACAGGUUGAGAACCGCUGGGUUAGGCUGAGAAAAGUCCGUGAGCUGCUCCCAAGGCUCACCCAGUGAAUGCCGUGGCCGAGAGGGGGAUUUGAACUCUGGGCUCUCCCACGUCCAGUCUGACGCUCCAACCCAGUGUUUCCCAAACGGGGGUCUCCGGCUGCUUUUGGACUACAACUCCCAUCAUCCCUAGCUUGCAAGGCCAGUGGUCAGGGAUGAUGGGAUUUGUAGUCCGAAAACAGCCGGAGACCCAAGUUUGGGAAACAGCACUAUGCCACACUGGCUCUGUCUUGCAGGUCAAGCGAGGUGAGAAUUCUGAGGGCCAGGUAGUGGCUCUGGAGGGCCGCACUGGGUCAAACCUCCCCAGCCCUGCCCGCGCCAUCCUUGAUUCCUUGGUUUCGUGAACUGUCCAUAAUCCGCUGGCUUAAAGUGUGCUUCUCCUCUCCCCUCCCCUGUUCCCACAGGUAACUAA